CGUCCUGCGGCGUACGAAUACGGCAUCGGUAUUUUUCAUGGCGGUCCGUCCGACGGCCAGUUUCAAAUAAACCGCCGUGCAGCGCGCUCCGUGUUUUGUCGCUCGAGCCGCAUUUACAAUUUGUUUUUUUUUUAAAUUUUUUUUUAUCGUGCUAUUAUUUCGUCGAUUAAUAAUAAUUAUAAUAAUACAGCAGUUCGUAUUUCGUCGUGUUCGAAUUCGGAAUUUUUCCGUUUUUUUUUCCACGUCGUCGGUUGUGUGUGUAUAAAAUAAUAAUCCGUCGUCGGUUGGUCGUAUACGAAAAAAUAAGUGCGCGCGAUAGAGACGACCGGUGCAAUCAUGAUGUGCUCUAAUAUCGAAUUCGGAUAAAUUUCGUCGGAUACCUCUUAUCACUACUGUUAUUAGUCUGCAUUUCUCUCUCUUUUUCUUUCUCCGUUUAUCGAUUGUGAUUUAUCGUUAAAUUAACGACGACGAGAAACCAUGAAGAGAAGAAAUCCGGGCAGGACGUUCGUCGGUACGUGCAUACUGUUGGCGUGCUGGACGUUGGCCGCGGGACCCGACGGAGCUUCGGGUAAAUACCUACCUGUACUUUUACGUCGAGAAAUCGACAAACCGUAACUCGCGUGUCCAUCGCGCGCGGCCGCGAGUUACGGCGCCGUUUUAAUUAUAAAAUCGUUAAUAAUCGUUUCGAUUAUAAACGUCGACUCGGUAUAUCUACCUGUGCUUGGAUACGCGAUCCUACAGGAACUUUUAGCGUUGUUGAAACGGAAUAAAAACGCCGUUUUUUAAAUUUUUAUAAUCUCGUACUUUUGAUUCUCGAUUCUCGAUUCUGGUAACUAUGAAAUUGUUAUUGUAUACUUCUCUCUCUCUCCCUCCCUCGAUCAAAAAUUGUAAUUCGGGUGAUUUUUCCCGGUGGUUUUGCUACACGCGCGUUACAACCCUAGAGAUUUAAACGCUGGCUUCUCGGUCGUUGUUUCCGGUGGUGUGAUUGCGCCGAAAACGAAAAGCGCGUAGGUACCUAUAGGUAGGUAGGUAAAACAAAAGUUUCAGAAUUUUUCGCCUAUUUUCCCCACUAAGCGACGUCGUUCGUUUCAUAUCACCGUGACAAUAAUAUAAUACGUAGAGUGCAGUAAAUAAUAAUAUUAUUAUAGACGUUUUGGACUCUGUGUUUAUCUUCGAAAACAACGCUAUCGCGACACCGCGUUUGUUGACAUUAUAAUAAUAAUCAUAAUAAAAUAUUAUUGUAUGAUCGGUAGGUAAUAAAAUAUACAGAUAAAUAAUAUUAGGUAUAUUAUUAAUUUCAAAUUACGAUAACGACCGAUUAUCGUCCGAAACCGAUCCGAUCAACAAGUCGACGACGGUGCGGCGUGACAUUGUCGGGCUUCGGUGGUUUGUCGUUUGUGCGCGCGUCCGUAAUCCGUGCGUCUGUGUUAUACGCACACCCUGUAGUUCUUUUCCGGCACAAUGCGGCCAGACGUCAUGUGCACCUUUAAUAAUCACGCACAACCGAAAAUAUUAACAUUAUAAUAAUGUCGUCGGGUACGUGCCCAGGCGUUCCCAAAUUUUCGUCGUUUCAACGUGAUACUAUGUAUUUUUUCAGCUUUUCGUGCGAAAUCCGCGUGAUUAUUAUUUGGUUACCAUAAAUGUGUUACUUGCCGCCGGUCUGCACCGCGCGUCGGGUAAUAUAAUAUAUCGCCCACUUUCCCCACACGACCGUUUCCCCUUACGACCGUUUCCCCUUCGACGAUAUUUACGAUUCCGGACGUAAUUUUGUUACCUGUUUAUUUAAGGAACAAAAGCAAAGCACGGAUUGUGAUCGAUUAUAAUAUCGUUAGAAAACCGGCCGCCGACGAGAAAACCGUUCGAUCGCCGCCGCGUACGAUUCAUCGCAUUCGGGGUGUCGAUUUUCGUUUUCGAUUCUCGGUCGUAUCGCGCGGAUUUUAAACGCCGCGGACGGAGAAAAUGUACGGGGUCGGACCGCCGCCGGGGUUCGGUUUGUCGGUUUUGGCGUAUUUCUGGACCAAACGGUCGUCGUCGUCGCCGGACUACGGACGGACGCGAUUCGCCGACCAUGACCGGACGGCGUAACGAGAACGUCGUUGGCGGCGCGUUUAUUUAAAUUGGUUCAUUGGCUUCGAAUUAGUGAAUCGCACGCCAGACCAGACACCGUCGCGGCGGCGUUCGCGUCGCGUUCAAUUAGCCGCGUUUAUUGUUUUGUCGGCCGUGCGUAUACACGACAACAAACACCGGCGCGCGGCAGCCGUCUCCGCGAUUUUCGGGCGCCUAAAUCUCCAGCGCAUCGCGUCACGUUCGUCCGUCGUUACGAUAUUAUUGUUAUCGUGACGCGGCGACACGAUUUCGCGCAGAACCCCAGCGAUCGCGCGCGUAUCGUUCGAACCGUUAACGCGAUAUUAUCGCGUUAAUCUACGCGGUUCAAUUGCGACUUUAUCGUUUACUGCUCAGAGCGCUGUUUUUUUUUUUCACCCGACUCGUUUUCGGUUCUUCCGCGGGCAGUAAUUGUUUGCGCGUGACAAGCCGAGCUUAUGAAUUCGCGCGCCCGCAUAACGAACGCGUUUUCGAUCGUAACGGUUUUUUUUUUGUCCCGUCCCCGUCGUCUCUCCCCCGGGCGCACGUCGGGCGCGCGCCGCUUUUGGGCAUCCCUGUCGUCCGUCGCACGGGGGCCGGGUGAAUAUUGUCGUCACGGUCGACCGGGGCGCCCGAAAACCCUCCUCACGCGCCGCGCACACACAAAACAACCCCUACUCACCUCCGCCGCCACCACCGCCGCCCCGGUCGUGGCCGCCCGGAACAUCUGCGCGGCGGGCUCUCCGUCUCUAUUUCUCUCUCUCGUUCCGUCUCGCUCGUGUUCACUUCCUCUCUUGCUCGCUCCCUCCCGUGCUUCUUCAUCACCGUCCCUCUCGCCGCGUUUUUCGCUCCACCGCCGUCGUCCGGUAUGUGCACCGUAACCGCCGCCGCCGUCUGCAGCUGUUUACAUGUAUACACUGUAUUUUUUCGUCGGGCGUCCGCCCAACACGCGUCCGCCAAACAAGUGGUCCCCCACCGAGAGAGCACCGCGAAACGCGACGGACACGCGAGUCCCGUCGAAAAUUCGGAAAUAUUGCACCCAGGUAUACACGACAAUAUUACACCGGUCGAUUCUCGAAAUAAUCGUUUUCAACGAGCGCGUACUCCUUACGCCCAAUGCUCUCGGCUACGUUUUUGUUUUUUUUUUUUCUCGGUCCUCAACUCGUUCCGCGGUUAUAUCGCGGACCAGUUUUCGGCGCAGGGGUGCGCGUCGCCGUGCUCCCUAGGGUAUAACCGUUACAAAGACGCAGCAGCAGCGAGUGCCCGUCGCAGUUCCCCCGACGAAAACGCGCAAUCCUCCUGCCUCUACCAGCGUUAACGCGCAUGCGAUUUGAAAUGUAUUCGACGUGACGCGUUCACUCGUCGGUGUUGUCUCGAAGCGAGUUUUAGCGCAGAGUUGCCGACGGUAAGUGAUAACGGCCAGCCAACGACGCUCGCGCUAUUGACGCUCAGAAUGAUACGAUUUACGCGGAACCAUACAAUAAACUAGAGUACUAACCGCCUCAUAUUAUUAUCAUAUACAGACGUUUAUCGUCGAAGCCGUUAAGUCCGAGGCCCUUAUCCUAUAUGUACUUUCGUAGCGUGAUAACUGUCGAACUCCUCUUUUUAUACCGUCGUCACCGCGGUUGUCAACGGGUAUAAAUUACCCAGAUAUAAAACAGUACGUUAUCGCGUUGUAACACGCGGGCCUCGAAUCGCGAGUGACGGAUUGCAGACUUCGCUUCUUAUCGCCGGUUAGCAAUCCAUAGUUUAUACUGUGUGUGAUGAUAAUAUAUAUAUGCGAUUAUUGACAGAUUCGUCUCGACCGUUAGCUGCAGCUGUCAAGUCCAAAAACGAACGGUUCGUCGUCGGAGCGCCGCCGGUGCUCGCGUCUGAGCGUCCGAAACGAACGUCGCCCACCCUCUCUCACUGGUCCGCGUGUAACGCGAGCAAAAACAACGGGCGGCGGUGACUGCGCGAUUUUAUUAAUUUAUCGUGUCGGAAGACAACGGGCACGGACGUUCACCGCGGAUGACAAUUGAAAUGGCGCGGCCUACGCGCGCUCGGCGCCGCCGCCGCCGGAACGCCAAUAAUAAUAUUGUGAGCGUGUCUGGUCGCGCGUAGACGUCGAAAAAUGCGUCCCGCGUGUUUAUGAUUACGAUAAUAAUAGGAUUAUCGAAUGUUAAUGUAUUUUAUCGUUCGGGGCACUCCUUAAAAAAAAAUAACAAUAAUAAUCGGUACUCGUAUGUACAGAGAACGACUGAAUAUUAAACCGUGUAUCGUAACGCGUGAUGCGUGUAUUUUGUACGGUCGUAAUAGCGGAAGACCAAGAGAAUCGGCGCCGCGGUUCUUUUUCGGAUUUUCUUCGUUUUCGUAAAAUUCGGUUUUUUUUUAUUCUACUUUCGAACGAGACCGGCUUUAACGACAAGACUUCUCCGACAAUCGGCGCUGCCCGACGCUAAUCGGGGCCGAGAAGAGGGCGGCUUUUGUUGAAAGUAUUUCGAUAUUUUGCCAAUCCGUCCGAUAUUUGAAUUCAUCUCUCAAAGUCGACUUUCAAACAUUUUUUAAUUAAUUUUAUUUUUUAUACAAUUUUUUUAUUACUUAGUACAGGGCAAUAAUUUCAAAAAAAAAAAAAUCUGAACAAAUCUCGCAUUCGAUUAAACUUCAUGACGAAUUCUAGCGUGUUCGGAAAUUGUAUCCGAUUAUACCAAGACCAGACAGUCGAUACAAUGUGUAUUUCGAUAGAAAACUCAGCCGCGGUGUCGAAGCCUCUUGAGAUAAAAGCAAGUUCUGUAGAUAUUGUUAUAGAACUACAAAUUCCUCAUCUCGGUACAAAUGUAACAGUGUAACAGUGACGCCUUAGUAUGAAACUUUUUGCUUUUUCGACGCUUUCACGCGGAUUUUUUUUUUUCAUGAGUUCCAUUGUAUUUUUUUACCGAUUUAUUUUUAUUUUCUUCUUCUUGGUUAUAUUUUGGUGUUCAUUUUUAACGCGUUAUUCUAUUUGGAUUAGUGCGUUUUUUUUUGUGAGAAUUUUAAGUGUUUUGUAAACUGUUUUUCUCGGCAGAUUCUGCAGGCGCCGCUGGGAUAUUAAUUUUAUAGGUUUUUUAGCCCGUUAAAUUUCACCACCCUGCUAUUAAACGUUAUUAUUAUUAUUAAUUUGUUAUUAAUUAUAAAGUGACAUUUUUACUGCGAACAAAUUUAACGGGUUCUUCAUCUCGAGCCGUACCGCGUACUCGGCGCCAACGCGCCCAGACACAUAAAACAUUUCGGAUAGGUCAAUAAUUUUCGGAUUCAAGUGUCUAAAACCCAUCGAGUCGCGUGAUUUUUCACAUCAUACGAAAUGCACAAAUAAAAAUCACGAUUUUCGUCCGUUCGUGUCAAAUGUAAAGGGUUUAAAAAAAUAACAACAAGAAAACGAUAAUUUCGGAUAUUUAUCCGAUCGCGGGAUCCACCGCUGUAUUACGUGCGUUCCGCGUGUUGUGUUUACGCGAUUUAGAGACGAUAAUAAUAUUUACGACGUGUGCGCGUUUACAUAAUUUUGUUGUUUUCUCGUCAGACCGUAAAAAAAAAAAAAAAUCGAUCGUGAAAACAUUUUCGUGUAUGACGCCACACGUGUCGGGAACGGAUUUAGAACUACAAGCUCGUUUAUUUUUAAAUCCGUCGUUUUCGAAUUAAGAUCAAAUUUUAAUUACACUCGAUUAUAUUAUUCGGACGUACAGUCGUCGGGGAUUAUUCGGUUUUUCUCCUCGCCAGGUUUCGUUUUUUCGACCAAAAAAAAUAUAGUCUCUAUAGGUGUUUUUUACACGACGAAACAAAAGUUAUUGUUUAUUCACACGACGCAGACCGACGACGUGUUACUUGUUUAAAAUUUCACGUAUUCGCAAAUAUUUGUUGUUCGUCGUGUACCGAUUAGUUCGUUAUUAUUGUGUUCACCGUAUAUCGCUUCGAAAUUGGCGUUUCGGUGAAAAUUAAUGUUUCUUUUUUUUGUUAGCCUACAUAUUAUAAUAGGCGGUAAAUAUGAACUUAUAGACUAUGUAAUAUUUUGCAGUAUUCCGUCCAUUAGAAUGUAUAGUAUAUAGUAAGUAUAUUCUAUAAUAUAGAAUGGUCCGAUUAAAUUAAAUAUACGCGUAGUAUUAUUCACAUAAUAUUCAAUUACGCGAUUCUUUAAGUGUAAUUCGUAAUACAGGUAUAGAAUUAAAAAUUAAGAUUAAUGAUGAUAUUAUAAUGAUCGUACCGAUGAUUAUUUCGAUAGUUUAAUUGGCUUUUAUCGAUGUUUAUUAAAUAUCCGAUAAAAUUGGCGUAUCAAUAUCAUCAUCAUAACAUUAUCUCACUAAACGAAUCUCUCUGUAGCAAUGUGUGUGUUCGGUUUCCAUUGAAGACACCGACCGUUCGUAUAUUCUGAUAAUAUAACUGGUAGUUAUGUAAGGAUAUAAUAUAGUUUUAUUAGAGACGACUUUCCGCCAUCAUAGUCAGACUCAAAUAUUAUCUGAUACUUUGAUUUAGUACUAUUAAUCACUAAUAAUUAAUACGGGAACCUGAGCAUUUAAUUAUUUCUCUACGGCACUUACCAUAAAAAAAGAAACCGGCUCUAUCGAUAAAAGUGGUUAGGCUAUCGCGGUAGUCGGAUGUAGACACAGGCGGAUUAUUUUUAUUUUUCUGAUCCGGUCCUAAUUAUUUGAGUUUGUGCAGUAAAGUCGGGCGCUUUAGACGAUCAUAAAAUACUUAUAGCUCGGUUAUUCAUUUCAGCCGAUUCCAAUUAUCUAUUAAAACGUUCUCCGCGUAUAAUAUUGAGCGGCGCUAAAUAAUUACAGUAUAUACUGAAAUACCACACGCGUUGGAAUGUUUUUCUUCAAUGAAAAUAUGUUUUCUGUUUUUAAGCGACUCUAUGUGUAUUCGGAUAUCGAGCGCGUUUUAGAAUCCGAGCGACGUUAAACAUUAAGGAGUUUCAAAAAUACGUCAAUUCUCUCAAUCGAUUCCCUUAAUUAUCGACAGUUAUCUUCGGGGGGAGGGGAGGGGGGUAAGGGGCACCUCCUCGCGUGUAUUUGCUAACUCGCCGAUUGUGCGUUCCGCGAAAACCUAAUAAUACGUGCGGAUAUUAUGAGUGUAAAUAAUACGUUUUUAAGUGUCCUCAAUAAACGCGACGACGACGGAACGAUAAUCGUCGUUUUUUCGUUUCCGUGUGUACACGUCUACGAAAAAAGAAAACCCCCGGAUCGUGUUUGCUCGUCAUUUCGGUACGUUUCCGUCGUCAUAACGGUAUAACUCUCGGGUAUAUAUUAUACCUAUUCAAAUAAUAAUAUAUAGGCGAUAAUAUCGUCGAGGGGUGGUGGGGAGGUGCACGGGGUCCGUCGUCGUCUUUAUCACCUAUAUAAUUUGUCGUAAAACCGGAGACGGAUAGCACGUGUGUGAGUGUGUGUGUGUGUGUGUGUGUGUGAUGUGGAGUCGGCGGCGGCGGUGGAGGCGACGACGAACAACAGGUAGUAACACAGCCAAGGUUUUCGGAGGUCUCCUUGUCGUAAUAAUAAUAAUAAUAAUAAUAAUAAUAAUAAUAUAGUCGCGUAUACCCGGACGGUCUUCCGUCCGUCGGCCAUGUUGCCGGGUCUCGUACGUGUAAUGUACGUGUAUAAUAGUAAAAUAUCGUAUAGCCCAUUGUGUCGUGCGGUCGCGCGUCGUAACAUCACACGUAAUACUAUACGCGCGUAUAUUAUAGAGGCGCGCGCACGAGGAGUUCGAUUCAAUCCGGUCGGCGACGGUUAAAUCGCACGACGACGACGGCCAUCUGUGUGUGUGUGUGUGUGUGUGUGUUUGUGUUUAUUACAUACGCGCGUACGGCCGGCAAUAAUAAUACAACGGCGACAAUAUCGGACCCUGUACGCAUUUUAUGUUAUACGAUAAUGUUAUGCGUACCGGGCGCGUGCAAAGACGGCGGCGGACACGCGUGUACGGAACAGUAACGUACGGCCGACUCGGCGAGUCCGGGGGUACGUCGUAGUCGCGGCGGAUCUACACGAGCGGUACGAUGACAACAGCAAUAGUGAUUAUUAGAUAUGAACAGUAAAAAGUGCGCGCGGUUAAAAAACCGUCGAAAAAAUUAUCUCGAUGAACCGACCGGCGACGCGCCGAUUUCAUAGAUUCGGUCUUGCGCUCUGUUCUUACCGUGUAUGUAUUACGCGAACAUCAUCGAUAUGCCGGUUGAGUCCUGCCCCGGCCGUAUAAUGUACAACAUCGACUUUGCGGGAGUUUUCCAACAGCGUGUUUUACAUCCACAGUCGUCGGGUAGGACAACGGGAAAACUGUCGUUCGAUUUGCCUAAUGUACUCCGGCUUUCGGAUCUGUAAUUUUCAGCUCUGUAAAAAAAUAGCCCGAGAGUGGUGUUUAACUCGCGAGUUCUGCUCAGAAUCGCAGGCGUCCCACGUAAAUCCGAUACUUUUCAGAGUUAAAAAACAAAACGAAACAAUUCGUAAUCUACUGGAACAGCGCUUGUAAAACCGUGUACCGCUUGCGUCCGUGUUAUUGUGGUGACGUUCGGGUUGAUGAUGCGCGCGUGCGUGUCUGUAUACGGAUAUACUCUGCCGCUCGCUGGCGAUUCAGAAACGGCGUGCUCAAUAAUCCUAAAUAAUAAUAAUAAUCAACUAAUAACGGUGUAGCAGUAGAAAAAGAAAUUAAAAAUUAAAAACCGAGGUAAUCGAAAAAAAAUAUAAUAAUAAUAUCGUGUGUAAUGGUCGUCGUACACGGCCGCGCAGAGCGCUGUGCGGGCGCUCUCAUUGCAUUUCCGUUGUUUGGACCGAGUGAAUUGAAUUGCGGACCCGGGCCAUGAUUCUUUUUGUCUUUGGCGCAAUACACUCUGCUCGUCUGUAAUAUAAUAACAUAAAAAAAAAAAAUAAAAAAAAUACGAUAUGAUACGGUGUAGUUACAACACAGCGCGGUAUAUUAGCACCGACUCGUUUUUUUAUUUCAUUCUAUUAAGCGCCGACACCGCUGCCGCCGUCACCCCGAUGAUAUCAUGACGGCCACUGUCGGCAGUCGCCCGGCCGUAAGCCGUUGGCGAAUUAACGACCGCUUAAUGGAAUACUUCCUGCCCCCCCCCUCUCCCUCCCCUCCGGUUCUGGACCGGAUGAGUUCAUCAUGUGUAUGUGUGUGUGUGUAUGUAUGUAUGUAGAGCGCCCGAGAGUAGCAGCGAAACAGCGACACCGAUGUCGCAAGGGAUUUUUCUCUCUCCGUUAUUAGUCAAUAUAUUUACUAACUGGAGGUAUAGCGACGGGUCGGUCUGGGUACCGGGAAAAUUUUUCGUCUGUCGUCGACGUUUUAUCAUAGAAGCAUUUAGAGUUAUGUUGUGAACGGCGAAAACUAUAACGCGGCCAGGGCCCAGACAGGAAUCCGCGUUCCCCUGCUGUGGCCAAGCCCAACCCCGGACGAUGGACUCUUUCGAAUAUAGUUUAUUGCGUUGUAAAACCGCCGGCAGUCUAUAAACUUAACACCGACGAUGAUGACAGAUUUCGAUAAUUUAGAUAAUAUGAACCAGUGGCGUCGAAGGCGGGGUUAUGGUCUUGUCAAGACCAGACCUUAUUUUUGGGGCGGUGUCGGUAUAGUGACAGUGGUUAACGGAUAAAAUUCCUCUCGCGCGUUUAAAUAGUAUUUUUAAAAUCAGGCAAUCGGAAUAAUAUUUUACAAUUUGUUUGAGCUUUGACCAUUGUGUUUGCGCACAACACCAUAUUUAUUAUAUUCUGAGUUUUUAUUACCUAUAUUUUACAAAAUACCAUAAGGACAUGAUUUUAUAACGCACAAAAAUCCAUAUAAAGACGUGCUAGAAAUAUGCAAUAAAAAUUACGAAAUAAGUAAAACUACAAAAUGUUCAAUAUACCAAGGAAUAUUUUUAUAAUAUGUAAAUAAAAGUCAGGGCGCAGAGGACGAAGCAAACCUGAUGGGUCUGCUUAUAGGGAGGCGGUGUUUAUGACUUCCUUCUAACAACUAUUAUAUGGACUAGACUAUUUCAAAACUGCAGAUUCUACUGAUAUGAAAUAUCAAUAUAAUAUUCGAUGAAAUAAUAGUUCGAAUGGGACCAUAAUAUAUGGGUUCGAUAUAGUAAAUAUUCGGUUGUGCCCAUCGCUAUAUAAUAUAGUACGAUGUAUUAUACUGUUAGUUGAUAUGCAUAAUAUUAUUUAUCGUCACAGAUUUGUCUUAUGACAAUAUCAUUGUUUCCCGGAGAAGAAAAGCUAGUCAAUCUCUGGCGGUUUUUAAAUUGUGUCCAUUGUAAUUGUUUCCCCUUAAAUUUUCCCUCCGGUAUACAAUGAGUGUGCUUCCGAAUGUAAUUACGUUGAAUUCGCUUAUACCGACGAGUAUUAUAUACGAAAUCGAUUUGGCCCUUCUUCCCAAACGUAAGAAUAUCAUCAUUAUUAUACACAAAUACACGUUUUUAUAUCCGGGCGGGCGUAUAUGGUGCAAUAAGUAUUAACGUUUUCGACGGAUUUAGGUCAAAAAGCGCCGUCGCGUAUUUUACGACCCUGUAUAAUAUCGUACGUGUAUGUAACACGUCUCCGCGCGCGCACCCCGGGUUACGGUUUCUCACGUUAACCCUUUCUCGAAAAAUAACCGAAAUUCGUUCCGGCAUUAUUAUACUCGUAUUGUAAACAUUCCCAUCGCAGCCCUUCUUGUGAAAAUAAAUAAUGUGUUUUCAGGCGCGAUCGUAUACCCAAUAUGUAAUAUAUUACAAAGUUUUACGAUCCUUCCCGUCGAGUUUUUGAGUACCAAGGUACCUAUAGUUUCUAGAUUCUCAAAGCGAACCGAUGGUCAAAACGGAAUAUUUUUUAAAAAACCAUAACGACUUGUGCACACACCACUGCAUUAUUUAUACCAUAUAUCUAUACGUAUAUACUUGUAAUAAUAAUGAAGGUGUUGUGUUUGACCACGGCGAGGCGUGUCUACGCAUAUAUAUUGGAAUGCCUAGAGUUUUUUUUUCUUUUCUUCUAAACGCUGAACAAACAAAACGCAAUAUAAUAUUAUGCCAUACGUUCUUUCCAGAAAGAUAUAUGCUAAUUCGGAAUAUAAAUAUUAUAUAUAGGUAUUAUAAUAUUAUUACAGUUGUGUAAACAAAAAAAACAAAAAAUGAAAACCACUAAAGACUUACGAUAUUUAUUUUUUAUUAUUUUUUUUUUUUUAGGGUCCACCGGGAUCGUUUCGUGCUCGCCUAACCCAUGUCUUCACGCGGGUACUUGUUACAUGAAAAGGACCGGAGAAUACGCUUGCAAGUGAGUACAACCAAAAUAAAUGAGACAAUAUUCAAUAUAUUGUGGUUCCAGGGACUUAAGUAAAUGUGUUGCCUGUUAUUUUUCGGUCUAAAUGAUAUAAUAUUGCAGUAUUUAUAUUUUAAAUACACGUUAUACUGAAUGUUAUACUAUGUGGUGUGCACUUUGGUUGGCAAAAUAGACGUAUUUAUUAUUAUUACAGCAAUUUAGCCGUUUAAUAAUUAUGCCAUUUAGUUUCAUUUACUUGUAUGAAAAAACCAUACGAAUUCACUUGAGCCCCGGGACCAAAGAUAUAAUUUAUAUUAUCUAGUUUUUAAGCGACGCGAGUCCGAGGACUCGUUUCGGUAUUUCAGGUUAUAAUGCAUUAUGUUUACUCAAUGUCUGCGAUGCGCAUACUAUACUAGGCAAAUACGUCGAAAUUGAUCAAUUUUGUCGAAUGUUGAUGGUGUUACUGCGUCUAACUGAAAAUCGUUUUACGGUUAAUUAUCGAUUGUGAAAAGAAAAAACAAUAUACAAAUUACACAAAAACAACUACUGUGAAACAGUCGUUGACCGAAAGUGUUUUUAGUGCGAUUCGGGUGUAUUAUACUCUAUACUGGCUAGGUAUAUACCUAAUAGUUUUAUUUUCUUGGCGCAAUAUAAAAAAAUAUUUCAAUUUCGGUUUUCGUACAACAUAAUAACCAUAUCGCUCAACGUUUUUUUACUGCGAAAUGACUAUGUAAAUAACAGAAUAUUAUUACGUAUUAUUGACGGCCUGUAAACAUAUAUAAUAUUAAAAUGUGAUGAUAUAAUAUAAUAAUGUAUUUGAAACGCGAUCCGCGGGUAAUAAUAUCGUUAAAUUGUAUUGUCCGCUGCAGUGUUCCUUACAAUAAUAAUAAUAAUAAUAACAUAUGUUAAAAAGUAUCCGUCAAAGAUUUUUCCAAACGUAUUUAUAUAAUAUCUAAAUAUAUGUCGAAAAAAAAUUUAAAACCUAUUCGAUCUCUGUCCUUGUUUGUUGUAUUUUAAAAUUUAUACGUGUAGGUUUACACUGGUACCUACACAUCACUCGACUUUACGGAUAUAAUUUAUCGAUUUAUUCAAAUAUACUGCAGCAGGCGUGUAGGUUUUUUUUAGUAAUGAUGAUCGGAUCCGCACUAAAAUGGCGAAAUUUCCGAUUUUGCGCAUUCUCUCGAUUAUAGUCCCCUUCGAGUACCUUUCUAUUAUUUUAUAAAAUUGUGAAUGUAAGUGCAGAAGGAGUUUGAAGGAUUGGAUAUAAGGGUGAAAAGGGGUUUUUUUUAACUAUUUGUUUAUUGCGCUUUGAACCGGAAUUCAUGAUGGCAAUGAUAAAUAAUAAUCAUAAUGGCCGUGGAAUAAUUAAAAAAAAAAAAAUGUUCAAUUUGUCGUUAAUUUUCUUCGGCCAUGGGGGUUUACAGACAUUUUUUCCGUGACCAUUUUUGUCCUUAUAGCCGUGUUGUAAUAUUACCGAUUACAGCGCACUAUAGCAGACGAAUAAUAUCGGACGGUAAACAUAAUAUUGAACAUUGUCGUGUUUUUCGUGGUCGUUCCCGGCCGAUACUCUCGCGGUCUUUGAUAACAUGACGCGUUUCGGUUGUAUACCUACGUACACGGGUUAAAAUUGAAUUACAAUAAUUGAAUAAUGUAAUGUAUUGUUUGGUCCGGGACGACGCGCGACGGCGGUACACGUAUAAUUUACCAUAGACCAUCAUCGUGGUGAUAGACGUCGCGUUAUCAAAACGGCCCCCGUGAUUAUAAUAUAUGAAAAAUAGUUUGAAUAUUAUUUUUGUAUUAUUAUCCGUCAUUCGAGACGAAUCAAAGUAUAUUGUAAUAAUAAUAAUAACGUAUACCUGUAUAGGCAGCAGCAUACGCGUUUAGGAAUUCAUUAAUUUUCGUGGGACGAAAUAAAUCGAACGGCGGCGGCGUCGAUAAUAUUAUUAUUUAAAUUAUUAUGCUCUGUGUGUAAUGUUUUCCGGUCGAAGAACUAAUAACAAUAAUCAUCUAUUAUUCGUAUUAUCGGAUCAAUGCGAGAUAGUAUUUCGAUGCUGCAGUAUAAUACACCUAAUAUACAAUAUUAUCGCGUUUCAGAACACGUUUUAUUUUUACUAACGAUCGCCCCGAGAGUCCGAUAUGUAAGGUUUUAAAUUGUUUUUAUUAAAUUGGCGUGUUGAAAUAUAGUUAGGUAUCUAUGUGUAUUUACGAUUUUUUUUCGUUUUUAUCGCUUCAAAUUUAUUAUACACGAGUAUGAUAUCAUUGUAUUAUACUCGGAAUCGGCCGUGUAUCGUAAGUCGUAAAUAAUAUUUUGGGAAUUCUGCUAAUGAACAAUGUGCGGUAUUAUCGUAUAUUUAACAGUGACGCAAUGAGCGGUUUAACAUUUUUGCGGUGGGAAGUAUUUGCCCAAAAGUCGAGAAAUCGUUUGCAUAAAAUAAAAAGUGUAGGAUUCGUGUAAAAUCCGCGAAAAUAAAUUACGAUUGCAGCAUUACGCGCACUGUACAACAUAUUAAUAUUAUAACUAUAUAAGCCCAUAAUUGUUGAUGCGGAAUUCAUGCAGAUGAUUCGAUGGAUAUAAUGAUGUUGUUCGACGUUUUUUGAAGUUUUGACGUCUGGGAAAGUUUCUAUGUUAUUCCUUAUCAGUAUCUAUCGCUCGAUGGCCCGUAAAGCAACUCACUCGAUGCGACCCCAUGAGAGAUCUAGGAUCUAGUCUUUCUAUAGCCGGCACGAGCUUAUCGAUAUUCGAUGCUAUUUUGACGUUGUCCUCCUACUCACAACCGAAACGUACAGUUUAAAAUUUGACAUCACGCUAUAAAUCGUAAUGACGGUCAGUAUUUUAAGGGGAUUACGACCAGCGUGUUUUUAAAAAUUUUAUUUCCUAAAAAUACCGCGUCAAAAACCCGCCAGCUUUACCGCCGCUCGGGAAACGUGAAAUCGAAAAGAAAAUACAAAAAAAAAACCAAAAUGAACCCGUUUUGUGAGACAAUAGGCAUAUAAUAUGGGUUUACCUUACAAUGAUAUUAUAUAUAGAAACCCGCGUUUUGGGGGACGGUGAUAAUAAUUAUCGUCCGUCGUGUUCUAUAUGUGUAUAUAUAUUAUAUAUUAUAAAUUAUACACAAUACCGUGUGUACACAACAUUACCUACUGUCCACACAGCGUUAUUAUAACCGGGUAGUGUAUCGUGGACCGUGUCUAAAAAAUAAACCAAAAAAAAACCCUAUGUAUACCGAGAUCGGUAAAUCAUCGCGGCGGCGUGGGCGAGCGGCCUUGAAUUUUUUUGUUGGUAAAACGUGAUGAUCGGUAAUCGUCUCCGCGGCGAUAUACUGUGGGGCAGGAGGAUCGAGCCGCGGGUAUAAGGAGAUCGUUGACCAAAGAUAAUACAAUUUGUCACGGGUGCCGCCGUCGCCGAGUAAAAAACACACACACACACACACACAUAGAGCUCGUAUAUUUAUAUUAUAUAGCUAGCGCUCUUGUUUACAUUGCCGCUGGUCUUAUUGGCUAUGGCUUUGAACAAAAAAAAAAAAAAAACCGUCUAGAAAAUUUUAAUCGAUUAUCUUUCGUGUGCGUCCGUCCGUCCGUCGUUUUUUUUUCUUUCAAGUCAAUCGAAUUUUUUUCUAUCCCUUCUCAUAACGCCGCUAUGGGAAAAAGUACACAUACCCCGGGUACCUAUAAUUGUUACUGUUGGUUGUAUCGGCUUCUAUUGACGAAAUCGUUACUGCAGACGACGCACGAGCGCACGAGUGUGUCGCACCCCCUCUCCCUUUUCUUAGCGGCAUAUAGGUAUUGUACGAGCGUUUAGAUAAUUUUUUUCGUCGUAAAAUUUGAUGGGGGGGGGGAAUUCGUUUUUCAUUGAGUAUAUUGUAUAGGGAGGGACAAAAUGACGUCAUCGGGGGACGGUGGCCCGGGCUUGCGACGACCGGAGGCGCUCUGCCCUGAGUUUUUUUUCAUUUUAUGAUUGGCAUUCUUUCGUGGUAUGGGAGUUGGAAAUUACAUUAUGAACGGUGUAUUGUGGGAGCUAAUAGGUAACUCUAACAAAAAAAAUAAACGAAAGAAAGAAUAUAAAAAAAAAAACGUCACAUUUUUACUCACUAAUAACAGCGCCAACGACGACGACAACACGAUUUACAUGUUGCUGGUGAUGAUGCGCGUGUACGGUGUGUGUCGUGCGUGCGUGUGCGCGGUGCGAGUCAAAUCGGUAAUGACAAAAACUCAUAUGCAUAAUAUUGUUAUUAUUAUUAUUGUAGUACACUCUCGGCACCAUAGUAAAUUUCAUUUGUAAAAAAAAGAUUCUCUCACAGGGCAAUAACGACGAUAAAAAAAAAUAUAAUAAUAAUAAUAAUAAUAAAUACGUGUAAUACAAAUAAAAUAAUAAUAAUUCGUAAAAGCUUGUUCACUGCGUGUGUAUAGCUAUCAGCUAUAGCGUAUAGUUCUUCAACCCGCGACGUUUUUAUUUUUUUUUAUUGUCCUCGAAAUCAAUCCCCGGUGUUAUCUCCGUCGAACACCAGUGCGGUGGCGUCUUACACUCGGCCUAAUACAAUAAUACGAUAUUAUAAUAACAUCUAUAAUAUAUAUACGUAUAAUUGCCGCCCCAUGCCUUUUGUCCACUCGUUAACGACUCGUAUUCAAAAAAAAAAAAAAAAAAACAACUAUUUCUACCGCUAUAAUAUAAUAUUAUAAUAAUCUCGUAAGCGUGUAGGCAACGUUCCUAGAGAGAGAGAGAGAAAGAGACGGAAACCAAAACCCGAAAUAUUAAAACCGACGGAAUUUUUGAAAUAUUUUUUUUUUUAUAAUUACCCGCGAAUAUUCACAUAUACGAGCAAAUAAUGAGAUGAAAAAAAAAUGGCAACUAUCUUAUACCAUGUUAUGUUAUGGUAUUAUUAUUAGUAUUUUUUUUUUUUUUUUUUAAUUUUGCUGCGGGGCUAUUCUCGCAUAGAGAAAGGGCACGGUCCGUGCGGUUCCCACGGAGAGCAGUCGGCCAUAGUACCUGGUCAGGUGAACAGCAGCGGCAGCAGCUAUACGCGCGCGCGCACAGCCUUCCGGGGACUCUUCGGGAAUGACGACUACCUAUACAAUACACUCGCGUGUGUAUAUACAGGGCGAUCGACGUGAUCGUCUUAAGACUCUAUAUCAUCGUUAUCCCGGAAUGUGUUGAAUUAUUUCCUAUAUAAGUAUUCGUUUUUCCGAACAUUUAACGUGUGGUAGCGGCUCUAAAAAAUGUUAUUUUCGAUAGCGAAACUUGCACGGCCAAAUUGGGUUUUUUUUUUUGUUUUAAACGGAAACCUAUAUCGAGGGAAUCCAAUAAACGGACAAAGUUUUAGCGCGAAUACGUUUUGGCGUCGACCCGUCGACGAGAUAUUCUUUUUUCAAGUUUGGGUAGAAGAUGAUAAUGUGUAGUGGAGCGUAUAAUUAUUUACGUGGCGGGACCGCUUUUGAAUAAAAAAACUGAUAGAGCAUCUUGCCGACGGGUCGACGAAAAUUAAAAAUGUCAACGCCGAAAUGUGUAAAUCGAAACUCGAUCUAUUUACGACAUUUUUAAUACAGGUCGAUGUUUGCAGAAAAUUAAAUUGAGCGUGUGUGGUGGUUUCACCUCCGUACAACAAGGACGACAAUAACGGAAAUGUGACGACUUAAGAGCCGCUCGUUUUUCAAAUUUUCUAAAAAAAAAAAAUAAAAUUAUAAAAACAUAGUUAUCCGGAAUAACGAUGACCGUCUUGCAGCGUUUCGUUGACCGCUCUGUAUACAUUAAGCGUACCGUUUGCGUUGCCGUGUUUGUAUUGUUUUUUUUUCUCAAAGUGUAAUUUUGAAUAAUUAUUAAGUUAUAGGCAUACACAGAAGAAAAAAAAUCGCUAUGACAUUUCGCGCCGAUAAUGUGACCGUGUGUGGUUCACUGUAUUAUGGUAAUAUUGAUUAGAUAUUUCAUCGUUCCGGAGCGAUAACAAAUUAAAACCGUAUAUAUAUCUAUUAUAUAAUACCGUGCUUAUUGUGAAACGUAAAAAAACGAUGAUAUCUCUCUAGGCGGAGAUUUUUUUUUUAGGAGAAAAAAACAUAAAAAAAUCACAUUUAAAUGUACGUUUAUAAAACUGGUUUUUUUUUUUUACUCAAAUCGAUAGCACGGAUAUAAAAAUAAAUUUAUACAAAAAUAUUGCCUAUACAAUAUACGCACGAGUGUUUACGUUACGUUGGAACAUCCGGUCGUUCCGAAAAUAUAAUAUAUUGUCGCGUUUAAUUAAACGCGGGAGAGAGGGGAGGGGAUAAAAACCGAAUAAAAACGUCGUUUUCCGACGAAAAAAUAAAAGUAGUAUAGCGGCCCAUAAUAAUGGCCGUUUGCGCAAUUAAAUCGAUUUACACGCGAUACUGCGCAGGAUUACGGGAGGGGGGGAAAGAGGGGGUGGAUUACGUUAUGAAUUUAUAAUUUUUCGUCGCGUACGAAAGGCGCCGCGUUCGCGUUUUGUAACGGAUAAAACGCCGGCCGGGCCGAGUCGCGCAAGUCGCGCGGGGGUCUUUCGGAAAUUAUUAUAUUUCACGGCCGACAUACGGUACGAAAAAGGGGCGACGCAUUCGAUUACGAUUAUUGUGCGAGGGUUUUCGUUGCAGUUGUGUACGCGGAACAAUCGAGAGUUCUCUGAUCCGUGUUAUAAAAUAUUGUAUAUAAUAUGCCGUCCCCUCUAUAUAUCGUCUCCCCGGGGCUAAAACAACGAUAAAAAUAGUAGUAGUAGUAGUAGUAGUAGUAGUAGUAGUAGUAGUAGUAGUAUUAUAAUAAUAGUGAUGAUCACCGCCGCCCUCUAUACACAUAUAAUAUACCGUCAUCGUAAACACCAUUUGGCGCUCGAAAAAAAAAAAAACAAAACCCUACACACGGAGAAACCAGUUUUGGUUUUAUGCGUUUUUUCCGAGUUGUACUCCGGGCAAGGGCGAUCGUAAAAAAAAAAAAAAAAAUUAAAUAAAGUUAUUAUUAAUUCGAAUUAUUUGUCCGGACGCGGUUCUCGUAUACGCGCGCGCGUAUCACAGAUUAUUAUAAUGUAUACAUACUUGCCCGCUAUUGGAGACCGUGGUGUUUGUGAACCGAAUUCGGCCGUCGCGAUUCCCGCGCGCGAGUAUAAUCAUAAUAAUAUCAGACACACCGGAGGCUAACAAUCUCGUGGAAAAACCAGUAUUUCGGGCCGCGUUGCGUGUCUGGCAGACAGUGUCGGCACUCUCGGGGGGCCCCCCUCGCGUCCGUAAUGAGUCAUAAAAUAAUUACGGUUCGGUCGGUUUUUUUUUUUUUUUUUUACGGCCGUAAUGUUCGUACUGUCGCCGGCGAAUUUCCCCGGACGGAAGCGAAUCGCGGGCGUCAUUGUUAUCAUUAUUGUCGUGCCUCUCGAGUGAGGGACAGAUAGAGGAUAUUCGUGCGGUACGUUCUACUUCCGCGCGACGAGACGUCGGAAUAAGUAACGAACGGGUACUCGCAAUAUUAUCCCGUGAUUAACGUCGGCGUAAUAAUAUUUUAAUUAGCCCGGUUCGUGUCGCAGUUCGCCGCGGGCGUUUUUCCGACCGGUUUUCGCGUAUUGUUGUUUACAUUGCACGCGUAACACACGCAUUCGCGGCGAUUGUGUUCCGCUGCUCUCCCAAGCCGAAAGGCUAUGAGGCUAGUGUGCAGACGUCGCGGUGUUCGUUCUAGUGGUUUUGAGAAAAGUUAACUUUUUCCGAAUCGUCUCGUUUCGUCACUGUAUACGUAUAAAAAAAAACCGCAAGCAAAAUUAUCGUAUUAUAGACCGAAUGUGCCAUCAGUAACUCAGCAUACAUAGGUUUAAUAUAUGUACACAUGCAUUAUGUUUAACACCGUUUAUUAUAUGAAAUCUAUUGCAUUGUCAGUAUUUCUGCUUAGGAUUAAACCUUUCGAAUCGUCAUCACGUUAAUUAAAAAAUAACGCAAAUAUUCUGUCAUUUUUCAAUUUUUUCGCUUAGCCGGGCGUCGACAUUCCGAGAGUCCGUUUUACAAUAACGCCAAUGGUUAACCCUCGGUCGGAGUUUAAACCCGGUUCAAAUCGAACAUAACGUAUUACAGUAUUGACUGUCCGCGGUUUAACCGAAGUUAACAAUCUGCAAUUCGGUUGAUAAUUUCGGCGUAUUGAUAACGGAACAACGCUGUAUAAAUUUUAUAAUCAACAGACACGAAUGUUACAAAAUUAUUAUCGUUUGACUCGUCCUGCCAUAAAAUAGAUACCGCAUUUCGCAAACGACGAUGGUUUAGCCAGACCGAACCAGAUCGUCUAUCGUAAAAUCGCAGUAAUAAAUAUAUACACCUUGGAGUCAGAUGAUAAGCUAUAAACUCGGCUAAACACGAAUUAAACCGCGAAUUGUAAAACGGGCUCGUAACUGCAUCGGUUCGGGUUAAUGUAAAGAUUUUUUUUUUCCGUACGCCGUAUUAAAUAUUUUAUUAUAUAUGUUGGUAAUUAUAACGCACGGUGAAAUAAUGAAAAUUUAUUAGAUUUAUAGAAGAGGAAAAAAAAACCUAACGGAUAUCGCGUUGUAUCCGGGGUCCGAUGACGUUUCGGUAAAGCGGUAUUACUUUUUUAAAUGUCUCGCGCGUGAUUUUUUUUUUUUUUUUGGUAGCUCCGCAUGGUAUACUACACCGUGGGUUUUUUGUCCACAGACGAAAGGGUGCAGUUUAACGUAGCGUACGCCCUCGACGCGGCGGUAUACAAACCAUCUGGUCACGGUUAACCGACUAUAAGGUUUUUUUUAUUUUCAUUUUUUGAGUAAUUAAGCUCGGUAUUGUGUCGCUCCGGCUAUAGGAGGACACGUCGAGGAGGUGACAAUAAUAUAUCCUAUUCCUGCAUACAUAUAUAUAUUUAUACAUUAUGUACAAUAUUACGUGCAUAUUCCAACCGCGGGUUUGAAUAGCAGUGUGAUUGAAAACAAAAAAAAAAAAAAACGUAAAAAAAUUAUAGUCUCUCGGGCAGGUGUAUGAUGAUGCGGUCGUCCCAUCGUAGUAUACCUAUGCGCGUACACACGUAGGAGUGAUAAUAAUAUUAUUAUAUACCGUGUAAACGUUAUAUGGUAUAGAACAAAAAUCACAUUACUGAAAGAGAUUUCGGCGGCGGCCCCUAUAAUUUCGGAAGGUAGUCCAUUUCGCCAGAAGAAUUAUGAUUAUUGUGUGUGUAUACAUAUAUAUAUAUAUAUAUAUAUAUAUAUAUCCAUUAUGUACAGGUACGUUGCUGGUAUCCGUUAGAGGUUCUGUCAUCCCGGGCACCGCCUACUCCUACUCCGGGUACAGCGGUGCCGGCAACAUGCCACUUAAAAAAAAAAAAAAAACUAUGUUUAUAUAUAUACGUACGACGGUAAGUGGGGUGGAGGAUAACCGACAGAAGAAUAAGUCGGGAGUGUAAUGUAGAAGAACGAGGAGAGAAAUAUUACGAGAAACCACUUAAGAUCGGUUUUAGCUCCGGGCUAAAACCCAGGUCGACCAGACAAUUUGGUCCGGCCAUUACAUUAUAUACGUAUUAUCCUGCGCGCGCGUACGCAGGAGACCCGGAAUUCAGGUAUCCUCGUCCUCGUCUCCGUUUUUAUGCCGUGCGCGGCGGUUACCUGUCCGCGUAAAACCGCCGGGACUCGGGACGCGUCACGGAUAACUUUUGUUUGCCUUAAUGGCCGCCGUAGGAAUUUCACGUACCGUUUGAGGGGGCGACCCGACAAAAGGACUCGUCUGCGUAUCGACGGCCGAAAAUACGUUUUUUUUUGUUUUUCGACUUUCGAAAUCGCGUUUAAGUGCAUAUUGACCCGUCGGACAUCGCGCAUCGUUUCGUUAUAUUAUUACCGCUCGUAAUCGCAAAUUGCGAUGACAAUGUAUAUUUUGUGAUUUUAUCGCUGUGAAAUUUCCGGUCAAAACUCUGACCCCCGGCGCCGACGGGGACCCGCACUUUUACGACCGCGCGGGUUUAUCAGCGAAUCAACUUGACUUUCUUCUGUGUGCCAUGCGCACGGAGUACAAUCGUACUAUUUUUUCGUCGUCGAAAACUGAAACUAUAUUAUUAUCGCGUCCGCUGUAUAACGGGCAUUUUGACAUUUUGUGUGCUUGACUUUAUAGUAUUAAGGGUGUGGAUCAAUGAUCGACUUCUCGUCCUCCCCGUUUUUACGAUCGAAUUUCAUCACGGGGGGGGGGGAACAUUUUUAGUAAAAACGUUUCAUAUUACAGUGACACUACCGCGUUCGAUUAAUGCCACGUUUCGAAAUUACGUCUUAUAUGGAUAUUAUUUUGUCAAUCGUUCAUAAUUAUUCUUGUUUACGCGUUUCUUCCACCGUAGACUAUUUAUUAUUACGAUUUGAAACGUCAUAUUAUACGUACGAGUAAUGUCCCUCCCCCAUCAUUGCGUCGUAUGUGUCGCAUCAAUAGAUUUGUCGGCGCAGAUAGCUUCUUCUCACGGUCGUCGGCCCUGCAGCAACAGAUGGCGAAAUUUCGUAAAUCCAUACGAAAACACUACGCACAAAAAAAAAAAAAAAAGACACGUGACGUUUUUAGGCACACAUUAUUAUACUUACGUAUAUUAUUUUAUACAUAUAUUACGGUGUAUAUAAAUUAUAAAGUACGACUGUUGUGGGGAACGAAUCUCUCGUGUAAUGUGUGUAUGCGCGUGUGUUAAGUGACUUCUAACGACACUCUCGCAGGCCCAAUGAUAAGUGGAGUUUGUUGUUUUUUCAUAUAUUUUACGUGUACAAAAAAAAAUGUACACGAGACGGCGACGACUGCGGUUAUAAUAUAGUCGUAAUAAAUCCGCGGCGAGACACAACCGGCACAAGUGCGCUUAUGACCUCUAUACGAGGCCGGAUUACACGAGGCGUAAUAAUAUUAUAUACUCGGUUUGUUAACAUUAUUAUUAUUAUUUCUUUUUUUUUUCCCCCGUCAAAGUUAUUUGGCCGUUCUUUACCGUCUCGGGUCGACCGACACGACUACACGGACUGCGAAAGGACUGCGAGACCCAGUAAAAUAUCGCGGUAUACCGAAUUCGCUAAUUUCGCGGACGCGCGUAGGACGGCUAUAACUUUACCGCGUUCCGUAUCUCGGCGUGUAUUUCCGGGGGUCUUCGGCCCGUCGUGACGCAGUGUACUCACAGCCGUAUAAUAGUAAAUCGGCCGAAAAAAACCGAACCGAACGCGCAAAAACCGUUUGUUCGGCCCGCUGACAUUCCUCGGGAAAAUGUUUUUUUCUGUUUUUUAAUUUCCACCGGAUUAUAUUAUGUACGCUAUCGUGUCGUUUAUACAUAUAUGUAUAUAUAUAUAUAUAUAUGUAUACUACGUGUGCGCUGUCGCAGAGAUGUGGAACGCCAAGUCUAAUCAAAAUUCCGCGCACGGUCGCCACCGCCUCCCCUGUCGGAUCGCGCGGCGGUGUCCCCGGCGACCUCCACAGUAGGUACCGCGUGUAUGCCCAAUAGCUGCACGUACUUAUGACGACGACCGCGACGUUUCGUAUGCGCGAGACGUGUUUUUUUUUUUUUUUUUUCAAAAAAAAUGAUUGUAUUCUUUUUUAUUAUUCGUUUAAUAGUUUAUUUAUUUACGUCGUUUUUCGGGUACCUAGCACCCGCGGGUGGGAGAGGAGGGGCGAAACAAAGGAGUCGUUUCGUCCGGGGGACGCGCAUUUAAUAUUGAAAUACACGCCGUCGUCGUCGUACACGGAUUUUCGUUUCUAUUAUUUGUUCGUGUGUUUGUAUCAUUAUUAAUAGCGUUCGAAUCUGUGAUUUCCGCCGCAUCGAACCGCGAUCACGGUCAGCGACGGCCACAUUAUUAUGACACCGCGUUAUAUUCCAUUGAUUUAUGCAAAACGCCGAGCCUUUAAAUUUACGCCGUGUCGAGCAUGAUAUUAUAAUAUUAUACAAAAUAUUAUAAUAUCAUUGCGCGCAACACUGUAGGUAUAUAAAAAAAACCGAGGAGAGGGAAUAACCGCAGUAUACAGACCCAUUGUUUUGUUUUUUUUUUUUUUUCGUGUCUCUGUAGCAAAACGCUUUUGUUAUUCGUUUUUUUUUCUGCGACGCCCAAAUUCCGAAGGGACGUAAUACUGUAUCGGGUGGCAAAAAACAACAACUGCGCUCUAAUUCUUAUCGACGCGUAAAUUAUAAUGCAUAUUAUUAUAACAGGCGAACGUGCAUACUGCACAAUAAUAUUAAUAUAUUUGCACGAUAUUAUAAUAAUACACCACAUAAACGGCCAAUGAUAUUAUGAUUAAUAUUACACGAUAGAAAUAAUUCCCUCGGUUUUUUUUUAAACAUACUAUUUUUAUAUUAUGCUAGAUUUUAUCUCGAGUCUUCUUCGCGCUGCAUUUCUGACUAUGACGUCAAUAUUUUCACGUUUUCCCUGUAUAGUAGCGUUUUGUUAUUUUUUCGCUUGACAAGCGGUAAAAAAUUCGAAAAAUUAUUUUAUCUCGGUUCCGAGAAAUACGCUGCGAUUAUAUUAUAUUUUGGUCGUUGUCCUUGUUUAUUUUUCCAACGGGUACCGACGAUAACCGUUUAUUUAUUCGCUGUGAUUUAACCGAUCGGGUACUUUUCCCCCUCGCGUUUCGGAUAAACAGUAUGAUCGACGGUCGUUACGUGUAUAACAGUAGGACAUUUCGGAGUGAAAACGGGUACGAAUAUAUUUUAGUAACGCGAAGUUGUAUUCUUGUAAUAACUGAUAACACAUUGCCGUUUUAAUUGUAUUUUGUUAUUUGUUAUUAAUUUUUUUUUUUUUUUGUAAUUACAAUAAUCUGCGUUUCGGUAUGAUACGCGUGAACGUUUCAGAAAUAAUAUUUCAUUACCGCAGUUACCGUGUUUCGUCGCUUGUUUAACGCAUCGCUCGUUGCAUAAUACGUGUAUAUGUGGGUAUAGUUACACGGUUUGUUCGUUUUUAAUAAAUUAUCGUUAUAAUAUUAUAUUAAAAAAAAAAAAAAACUGUUUGAUAAUUUUCACACGUUAAAAAACACGAAACGGUUUGUGACGACAGCGGCGGCGGCGGUAGUAAUAGUAGUAGUAGUACAGUUUCUUAUAACAAUAUUAUUAUUGUGCGUAUUAAAAACAAUAUUCCUCCGGACACGUUUUUCGGUGUUAGAGGCGGAGUUAAAGGUUAUAUUAUUAUCGUACAUGUAGGUAGCGAUGAUAGAAGAUUCCGGACGUAUAAAAAAUAAAAUAUAUAAUUUGAGUGUAAUUUGUACGAACAGAAGGGGUUUCUUCGUAUUAUAAUAUUAUAGGCGAGUAUCGGAUUGUCCGCGGGUCGGGUCAUUAUAAUUUUUCAUCGUCGACUUUUACUAUUGUGUGUGACGCAUAUAUAGGCAGGUAACGCCGUCUUUUGUCCGGAAAACGUAUAUACAUAUAUAUAUGAAUACGUAUAAUAUAAUGAAAGAAAAAAAAACCGUAAGUAUACGAUUUCUACGGGUAUUUUUUAUUAUUAUUAUUAUUAUCGUCACUGUAUAAUAUAUAUAUAUAUAUACUUACCCGCUACUCUUAUUAUAUUACUCCGUUUGUGUGUGGCCGCUCGUUUCGGCGACUACGACGGUGGCGCUUAAAAGCAUUGAUAUUAACGAAAAUAUCCAUUUUUUUUUUUUUUUUUUUUAAAUAUAUAUUUUUAUUCACUCCCGGCCCCCGGGGGCCCCUAUCCGCUGCCGGGGCAUUAAUCAUUCGGUUGUCGUCAUUACAAGUUUAUUGAAAUCGACUGCGGCAGUCGCGAGCGCGCGCGCGCGCUUCUCCGACGUCCGUAUUAUACGUCCGAACUCGGCGGGAUAUUUACGAACCGGUUUUUUUUCCUUUUUUUUUUCGAUUUUUUUUUUCCCCCGUACUAUAUACAUUUUAGACGUGACGGAGAAAACCGUACGGGCCGGGGAAUAAAAAUUAUCUUGUUUUGUCACCACCGCGAGCGUACGCAUAGCUGCUGCUCCGGUAAGUCACUGCUGAGGAGCCGGUGUGGACCGGGACGCGUGUAUAAUAAAUCGUGCGGAUUUUCGGGACGACAAUCACAUAUACUCGUAUAUGUAUAUACGUACACACAUAAAUUCAUAAUGUUUAUGAAUACGUAAUUGCAGUCGGAAUAUAAAAAUAAAUAUUUAUAAAAAACCGACAUGGCCCGGCAUCCACGAAAUAUAACCGAUUUUUUUUUUUUAUCAAACUCAUCUCCGCAUACAUAUUAUUAUUUAUAUUGUAAUAUACGAUACGACGUUCUCGGAACACCGGGACAUCGCCGCCGUUGUGCAGCGCUGCAGUUAUGUGUGUGUAGGUAGGGACGAACAUUUGAUUAACCUAACUAACCUAAACAAUAUAUUAUACUUGAUUUUGGCAUUAUGAAAAAAAAAAUAAAUGUUUAUUUUAUUUUUUAAACGACUAUACGGCGUAGUAUUAUUGACUAUACAACUGUAGAUAACCGGGUUUCGCCCGUGUGCAGUUUAUACGUGUGCGCAGUUUAGUGCCCACCGUACACACUUUGCUGCGAGUACCUGAUAUUAAAAUGUAUAAUGUUUAUUAACAUAAAAACAUCUAAAAGCUAUUUGAUUUGUACUUUUAAUAAAAAAAUCGUGCCCCUCGAAUUUUCAAAAAUCUCUUCUGAAUGAGUCCUUGCGUCAUCAAAUGAAACCAUUGUCCAAAUUUCGUCCAUAUAAUUAGUUUCAGGGAUUUCGGCUCGACGAGCUGUUAUAUUUUGUAUAACAUGUAAAAUGUAUGUGUACAUAAUGUAUAAUUAUAUUAUACUUGUAAAACAUUGUUAAAUAAUAAAAAUAAAUAAAUAGCCUAAAAUACAGCGAAAAAUGCACUAAAUACCCAAUAAAAUCAAACGAAAACUCACAUACCAGUUACUGUAACACACACAAUAACAAUAUUACACGCGUAAACUUUUUACGCACCUCAUGACCUAUAAAGAAAAAUCCCCUAAAAAAAUAUAACGCUAAUAAAAGAAUCGUUUCAAAAGUGAAUAAAAUAGAAUUUUCAAUGUAAAACAAUUGCCGAUAAAGCAAAAUAAACAUUUCGUUUAUAUUACAAUCGCGUACGAAUUAGGAACCGGCUCAAUCUGUGACGUAGCUUUUCAUGUUGGACCAAUGGAGGAAAAAGAAAUCCGCGUAUGCAACGUUCGAAACGCAUUAUUUCGGACAGACGCAUUAACUAUUAUAAUAUAUUAUUAUGUUUAUGUGUUAUCAUAUUUUUUACCCGCGUAUUUAUUUUUUUGAACGUUCAUUCACACGAGAGAUUUUACCCCUGUUUUUUUUCCCCUUCUUAACUUUCGGUGUAAACGCGACACGUCGUCGUCAAUGUGUUCGACACAUGUGACAGCCGUCAUCGUCUUAAAUGUUUUACGAUUAUUAUUAAUUUUUUUUCCGUAUGUUGUAUAAUGUAUAAUAAUAAUACUAUAGCGAGCAUGGGAAUAGCGAGUUAAAUAAUAAAGACGACGACGAUAAAGUCGUUGCGCGAGAAAACAAUGACUCCGUGUUCCAAAAAAAAAGUCCGUGAUCUUAUUAUUAUUAUUUUUUUUAUGUUAUAACAAUAUAAUCUAAUCCGUCUGCAAAGAAGUGAUAACCGGCGGUGGUGCAGGUAGUGGUGGUGUUGCUCUAACAACCACACUAGAGUGCAACAGUGUAGACGUCAGCUAUUGUGUACACGCUGUACACGUCUUCUAAAAUAUUAUUAUUAUUAUUAUUAUUAUUAUGAUGUCCGACCAUUCUGCACCGAAACGUAGACGUUGUUCUAUAGGUACACGACGACGACGGCGCGUUUAAACCAAUUCUCCGAUAGAGGAUACCUAUAUAAUAUAAUAUUAUUAUUCUAUUUUAUAUACACUGUCCGCGUAACACUCGAACCGUGACCGUUUCUCUCUCUCUUUCUCUCUCUCACUCGCUCGCUCUCUGUCUUUCUUUUUCUGUCGAGUAUGCGUAUAUACCUAUAUUAUAAUGUACGUAUUAUAUAGUCUAUCCGUAAUAUACAGCGCGAGUGCGCACCAUAUAAUAAUAGUACAAGACUCGAUAUCGGAGACUCCGCCGCGUGUUUACAUUGUGAUCGUCUUGACAUUGGAAUUCUGUUGCGUCAUCUCAUUGCCAUGUCCGAUCCGAUCGAUCGUCUCGUAUAAUAAUAAUGUAGUCUAUCAUAAUAAUAUUAUAUUGUAAGCGCAUCACAAUAUUCUCGUGCGCGCACGCCGUUGUGCGGCAUCGGUAGUCGGGAUCGUUUAUCCGGAGAUUUCGCGGCACACCUCGACACAGCCGAACGUGUAAAACCUACCCGUACGGUAUUAUUACUAUGGCAACCGGUACCAGAGCGUCUUCCGCACCCUUUUCACUCCUCCAACGAUAAGUGCGCCUAACCCUCGAGCGCGUAGAAAUGCACGGGGUACGGGGGGAAGGUGUUCGCGGAGAUCGGCGGAGGGACGUCUCCCGGGGGGCGAGUCGUUGCGCGGUGCAGAAAACGGCAGCUGUUUUUUUUUACGGAGCCCGUUUUUAUAACGGAAAUAUUUAAACGACGGUACCGGUCGGUUUUCGAAAUUCGGCCAACCGCUCGUAGCGUAUUAUUAUUGUAACGACACUAUUAUUAUAGUAUACGCGUAUUUAUCAUAUAUAUAUAUACAUACGUAUAUAACAUUAAAAGUCGAGACCCGAUCGCGCCGAUGAUCUAUAUCGAUCAUCAUCACGAUUCGUGUGUACAUCGUACGGAGGUGGUUCGCCUGUACAGUGGAUUCGCCCGCGAGAUCUAUUCCGCGCGGCGUACCGACUGUCCGUCGCGGGCCAAAGAAGAGAAUAAAAAAAAAAAAUAAAAUAAAAAGAGAAAGUUAACACCCGUACGUUAUGCGCGUACCAUAACCGAGGGGUCCCGCCCGGUUCUUUCUUCAUCUCAGAGAUCCGCGGCGGCACCGCCGCCGUAAAUAUCUAAGUGUGCUAUCGCUGUCGUCGUCGUCGUCGUCGGGACUUUGCGCGCGCCCGUACGUUUCGGGUGUCGGCCAUUACAUACGCGCGCGUGCACCGCGGCCGAUUUACGAAAUAAUAAUUCUCGCUUGGCGGGCGCGUUUCGUAUCGUACUACGCUGCACGGGCGCCUGAGAUGCGCGGAUUCGUUAACGGCGCGCACAGCCGAGCCGCGCGAAAACAUUGUGCGCGCCGCCGGGGGAUUGAUUCGCGCGCGUGUGCCGCGCCGCGAGAAUACGAAUAGGACAAUCGGAUGAAAAAAAAAAAAAAAAAAAAACGACGACGCCGUUUAACACACACGCACGUUAUACGAUUCGAACGGAAUAUCGUUUGUUUGUAUUAUUGUUGUUAUUAUAAUUAUUUAUGCGUCGGAAUGGCGAGUUACGAAAAUAACGGAACGACGAUAAAUUGUUAUUUUAACGUCACGUACGUACGGGGCCGCGGACGGCGUGUUAUAUUAUAACGACGUAGGCGGGGGGGUUUUUUUUUUUUUCCGUACACCCGUAGCCGGCCGUUCGUUUUUGGUUUUUAAUUCGCUACGUUUUCAAUACGCGCGACGAUAAAUUUUCCAACGGCCGGUUUGAAUGGCGCGGGGACGCGUGUUCGUUAAAAACGGAUGUGAUCGAGCGAAUACGUCCGAUUGGUCGCCGGUGUAAAGUUUAUAAUGUUUCGUUUGUUCGUUUGUGCGAUUGCGGCGGCGUACGCGAAUCAUACGAUAAAUAUGCGUUUAAAGUCGAUUUUACUCGUCGUCGUACGACGGGCGGGCGAUGUGGCCAGAUGUUCCGCAAAUGGAACGUCGAACGCAACCCCGCGCGCGACUGUGGCGUUCCCUCCCCCCAUCGCAAACGACGGAAACUCGCGAAAACGCGCAAAAAGUUCAGUUGUUUAGUUCGGAUCGAAGAAAACACGGGUUUACGACUGUUACGAUGUCUUGUCACGCACCGGUCCUAAGCGAUGUCUUUAUCGUGAAAUUAUUCGUGUUCGAUGCACGGUACAAAAACUUCUUCUUCGGCUACACCGGAUCGUUUGUCCGUUAAAAAGGAAAACUAUUUCGACGGAACGCGUUGCGAAACUUAGAAACCGAAAAAAAAAAAAAAAUUUAAAAUACGUGUAAUACGAAAUGUUUUUUUUUUUUUUUUUAUUGAAAAAUACCACGUGUGCAAACAUAAACUUUGGGGCGGCGCGGCCACUUGUCGAUCGGGCAAUAUUAUUAGUUUUGUAAUUAUUGUCGAUACCGACGGUGUUGGGUGACAACGGGUUUUCAUCCUCUCGCGUUACCGACGACGUGUAUACCUGAACACUAUAUAAAACGAAGAUUGUUCUUUCGAAUUCGAUAUCUUCUGGUCGAAUAAAUAUGAACCAUUCGGUUUUUUACGUUUUUUUUUUUUUUUUUUUAAUCGUCUCUCCCGCUGACAUAAUUCCUUUGUAUACCUACACAAUUUUUGUUGUUUUUUUUUUCCCCCGUUCACGAUGUUUUUUUUUUCCGUUUCCAAUACUCCGUUAUACAAAAUGUUCAAGAAAUAUCGUAUGACAAGGUGUGAUUUUGCAUAAUAUAUAUAUAGGUAGUCUGUGCAAGCAUGCAACGACAGGACAGCGGCUAUUAUGUACACCGUUAAUAGCAUAAUAAAUUUAAUAUAAUAUAUACCUAUACGUAUGCGUUUAAAUUUGCUGCGGGAUUAUAGUAUUUCGUUUUUUUUUUUUUCGGACGGUCCAUUGUGUUUGCGGCUACCGAUGAGAUGGGGGAAAAAAAAAAAAAACCAAAUGCAUACCGGUCUAUACUUAUAUUGUACGCACUAUAUAGAUUUCUGCGCGCACAUUUUCAGAUGUCGAGCAUUUGCCUUCGGGCCGGCGUGACUUUGGUUCUUUGUCGGAGAUCGUUUCGAAACGAGAAAGAGAGGUAAAAAAAAAAAAAAAAAUAAAAAAAAAAUCCCGAUAUAUUAUUUCCUCUCUUCCUCGCCCCGCGAUAUCCAUUAACCACAGCGCGGCAGACAAUAAUUAUUAUCUCGCAUUCCAUUUUUCUUUCUUUAAACCGGCAGCAGCUCGACUCGAUAGAAACAAAAACAUCACACCGCGCGCGCGCGCGGCAUCGCGUCCCGGGCUUGCCGCAGCGAUUGUCCCGGAAUUUCGUCCGAACGAUUACACAGAACGAUAACUUUUUCGAAUCGGUGUUAUUAUAUAAACAUAAUAAUAUAUUACGCGUACAAUUUAUCAUCGUCGUCGUCGUAAAUACGAGGAAAAAAAAAAUCGCACAUGAACUUCGCAACCACGUAUAUUGUAUACGGUUCCGUGACCUAAACCUACACAGAUAUUUGUGAUCAUUUUUUUUUUUUUUUUUAUCCCCCUAUAAAUUCGAAUAACACAAUCUGUACCGAGUCAUCUCGUAUGCGUACCGCAAAUGUAUCGGUUAUACUUGUUCAUUUCACCAUGUGCGCAUAUGUAAGUAUAUCUGAUGACGAAUUAAAACGGACGCUCGCUUUUACGUUCCGCCGGCGUUUGUGUUCGCCGUGCACGGAUCCGAUCCGAAAACGAUUAAAACGAACACGUACGCGCACAUAAUUAAUUGCGACCGGAUCCGCGGGCCGAUUGUCGUUCGAAUCCGACGGGCUGCGCGAAGUGCGUUUACAACCGUAGUAAUAGCAGACCGCGGCGACCGUUCGGGCGACCCGGUACAUAAUGUAUCGUUCGGUAAUAAUAUAAUAUAAUUCCGUAGAAAUGAAUGAAAAAACCGCGGCGGCGACGGAGUUGUUGUGAUGUAAAAUUAUGUGACAGAUGUUUCUGUACCGCGGCGUUUCGCUUCUUUGUGUGCACUUAUAAAUCUCCGGUGCUCCCUGCGAGUGUUGUUUUUUUUUUUUUUGUUGAUAUCGAUCGAACAACUGCAAAAGGGUCGUAUCCUCUUAUUGUUGUGCGUAUGCAGCGUGUGUACGUGCAGCACGAAAUCCUCGCUAGCUCGUCUGCCGCCGCAGACGAAAUUCGAUCCCACGUAAAACGCACACACUCUACACGUGUACAUAUAGACGGUGAUGAAAAAAAAAAACAAAUCCUCGUUUACGGUUAUGUAUCGCGUGUCAAAUAUAUUAUACGGGCUCGGCGUGUACGAUUAGGUUUUUCGCGUUAAUGUAUCGUUAGGUUUUUUUAAAUUUUUUUUUUAAUGUCAAAUUUAAUACGGGCGGUCCGUUCCUUUUAUCGCCGUCCGGCGAUCUGCGUACGGAGAUUUCCGUUGUAUACGAACCGUUUUUUUUUUUUAUAAUUUUUCUCGAUUUUCGAUGACGGACGGCGUAGUAUUGUAUAGCAACACGAAAAGUCGACAUGACGUUUAUAAUGUAGCAUGUAGGUUAUUAUUAUGGGGUCAGAAACCGAAAUCGAAUUUACUACUACCUAUAAACAAAAACCAAAAAAAAAAUAAUAAUAAUAAUCUCCGUACAACAACGAUAAUCGCUUUGGUCCGCGAUUGGGGGGAAUCGGCCGGCUAUACGGUUUACGUGUAUCGCGGACGUCUAGUCGGAAAGUCGGUAGUAUACGGGGUGAGACGGCGGUCGGUGACGGGGGCGCGGUGCGGCGUAGGGGCGACCGUUUGUAUACGAGAUGAUUACAAAAAACAGCGCGCGGGGUACCUGUAAUAGUAUUAUUAUUGUAGAAAAAUGAUCGGUUAUAGCCGCCGCUAAUAAUAAUAAUAAUAAUAAUAAUAAUAAUAGGUAUACGUGGGUCGGGUACACGACGGAGGACUGGGCGCACGUUCUACCGGCGGCGGCGGCGGCCGCCCUUCCCCGUGUCUUUCUCUCUCUCUCUCUUUCUCUGUUAUUAUCGUUCCGCGCCCGGUAAUCGCGGUAUAACCUAUAAUACCGUAAUGCGGUAACCGCCGUGCGCAGCGCACGACGACGCGAGCCGGCCGUUUGGCGGGACGCGAGCCCGCGGCACACGCCCGUCGUCGUCGGCAGUCUUAUUCGCCGUUCCUUAUUCGAUGUAUUAUUAUCGUAAACUCUCCGGAAACGUGAAAUACAUUUGCGACAAUUUAUUCACACACACGCGUGGAUUAUUGGGCAGGCGGGCAUGUAUCGUCGGAGAGGUUCUUUCGUUAUCGGGGCGCGAGCAUCUGUCACGCGAGAAUAUAGUUUGUCACGACGACGCCGGUUAAUUAAUUAAUUGGCCGUGUAAAUGGCAAUUACACACGCGGUGGCUGAUUGUUUGCCUAAUGAGCCAGCACGACGGCCGCGAUGUCUGGCCCGAGAUAGUGUUUUCUGCUUCUGCGACCGCCCCCGCCGGAGCGUACAAUACCGAAACGGCAACAAUAACAAUAAUAAUAUAAUAUAAUACGAUAAUAAUAUUAUGGUAUAUAACGCUCGUAUAGCGGCGGUCUGCGAGGUGGUCGGAGGAGGAGGAGUGGUAACAAUAGAAUACUAUUAUUAUCACCGUCGUAGGAAAAUAAUAAUAAAUCCAUAUCGGCUAUCGUUUGUACGGCGCGCGCGCUCGCGCGGUGGACAUAUUUUCAUACGCGAUAUGAUGUGACGGCUUGUACGUGAGUAUAUAUAUAAAAAAAAAAAAAACCGACGUCAACGAACCGGUGGCGUGUAGUACUGGUGUAGUGUAGCGUAUAUACAGUGCGUAUCCAUAGCACUGCGCCGAAGAAUGCUAAUAAUAAUAAUAAUAGUAGUGGCGGUACAAUACCGGGAGCCCGAAGGUCUCUCGGACCGUCGUCGUCGUCCGAGUACUUUGACCUAACGGCGGCGGCGGUGCGCUGGUGAAGUAACUUACUUCGCUAGCGGGCCGAAGCGCGCGAGCGCGAUUUCUUUCCUAUUUUACGACUGGCUCGCGCGAGCUGUACCGCGUGCCACGCCCACCGCACGUAAUUUUUCGCUCCCGCCUCCCUUAUCCCCCACCAUCACAACCCCUCUCUCGUCCGUAACGUUAAAUAAUCGGUGGUCAAGGUUCGUUUUUUUUUUUGUUUCGUGUUCGCUACUUCGUCGCAAUAUCAUCACCGUGGUCGGCGACGAUAUUAUUUAAAAUAUGAUAAUAAUACGACGGGGCCCACGCGUAAACAUUCCGGAUUUCCGGAAUGUACGAAAAAAACGUACGCUUACAUUCGAGAUACAGAACACGUUCUUGGCAGCAGCUAUUCGCAUUACCCGAGAGAUACGCCAAGUAAAGAUGAGGAGUUAUCUCGAACAAAGUUUCGGUUUUUCGGCAGUGAAUGUUCAAAUUCUGUACAGAUUAAUUGUAUUUAAUUAACGGUCGGGUCGAAGUGUUUUCACUUUUAACAGGAUUCAAUUAUUGCCCCGUUCGAUUUUUGUCGAAUUUUGUGGCUGAAACGGGCGUUUUUGUCGGCUUUAAACACGUUUGCACGCGUCGCCCAAAUGAAGUUGUAGGUAGGGGGGGAUUAAAUGUUUUAUAUAUUAUAUAUUGCGUAUAUUGCGUUAGUGUUACGGAUGACGUAAUGUCUGUUGGCGGGAAAAUUCGACUCUAAAGCGAGUCUGCUGUUUGCGGGUAUUUUUUUUUUUUAUAAAUUUUUGAGGGACUCGAUUUGUAUAACAGCAACGUCCAUACUAUACUAUAUUAUCGCCGUCGUGGUAGUAAUAUACGUAAUAAUAUGCAAAACCGCGUCCUCGAGAAACGCCGGUUACACGGCGAUAAUAUUACGACUAUCGAUGACCGAGCAUCGCGACGGCGAGACAUGUGGUCGAAAAAUAACCGACGGUUUUUUUUUUCCGUUUAUCGUACGCGAACUGUGACGACUUGCGCGCGUUCUUUGUUUUGACGGGCACUCUGUGCGGUGGCGGCACGCGUCCGUGUCCGAGUCCUCCGGGCGAUCCGACGGGCCCGAAUGAGACGUCAUCGUCGCGCGGGCUCGUCUUGGUCGGACAUUUCGUACGCGCACACACAAUUAUUACAACGCGUAUAUUCGUUCAACGGUACUCAUACUAAAAGUUAUCGUUUUUUUUUUUUUUUUUUUAUAUAUCCAGCGGUUUUCUUUUCUUCUUUCUAUGACGUUUCAUUCGACUCGAUCGUUUUUCUCAAGGUAAAAAAAAAAAAAAAUAAAUAAAUAAAACCCGGACGGGAACGUAGGUCGAAAGUAUAAUAUACGCGUGCAUAAUAUUAUACAGUCCUCGGGAGUUAUUGAAAUUCACGACGCACAAUAUUAUCGCGGCGACCGUCGACGCCGUAAAUCCGCAGUAGAGUUUUUGUUUGUUUGACGCACGGCCGCGGAGCUUAUUACAAUAAUAUAUUAUAAUACAAUAUGAUCGGUGCCUAACGCAUUCGUGCGCGAUGAAUACACGGUAAAAUCUUACACGGAGACCCCGGUGACGGUGGCGUGGGGGGAGGGUGGUGGUGGUGGUGGUGGUGGUGGUGGUGGUAGCGGUGGUGAAAUCCCGAGUUCUAAACGUGUGCGAGACGCGCGCGGCGCGUACGAGAGAUUUCUAAACGGCCGUAAUAAUAAACGGUCGCGUAUAAUAAUACAUUACGCGCGCAUGUUAUGUUGUGCGACACCCUGUCGAUAAUUCGCGACGACGACGACGACGACUGGGCGACGCGCAGACGGAGAGAGACGCAAGCCCGCGGGCACAGCGCUAAUAUACGGUUUUCUCGUGUAUAUAUAUAUAUAUAUACGUAUAUUGAACUUGUAAUAAUAUUUAUUAUGUAUUUGCGUCGUGUACGCGGGUCAGUGUUUCGCAUACAUUUCGCAUUAUACUGUGCGCCGAGCGAGCGCUAUGGGAUUCGGCCGGCCGCGCGCUCGUGUGGGGGCUGAUUUAAUGUCCGUGCGUACGUAUAUUAUACUACAGCACUUUGUUUUGUUUUUUUUUUUUGCGCGCAUGAAUUUUAUAGCCCGUGUACCCGUAACAAAUUGGCGUUGUACACGAUCGUCGUCGUCGUCGUAUAUUCGCGCGGCACCUGUAAUAAUAAUGAUACGACCGCCGCGGGUAAUUUCGUAUUCAGAGGGCGUCCGGUCGGGACGUCGUCGUCGUCGUCGUCGUCCGACACCGUCGCGGCGUGUCCUCCGAGACCCGUGAUGCUGUGUCUGCGAGCGGUCCGGUCUAUAGAGAAGAUUCGUGUAGUAAUAAUAAUAAUACGACGACGACGACGACGAGACCGUAACGCGUCGGAAUUGAUUACCGCGCGCCGGCUAAGAACGCGCAAACUCCUAUCUCCGACGCUCUUGUCUCAGCGCGGCACCGGACACUACUUAUAGGUAUACACGUAAUAUAUUUGUUCGUCCUUAGCGUUCAACGUUCGUGUUAUUAUAUUAUUAUUAUUCAUUAACCGUCUCAGUCACGGCCGGCCAUAGCCCGUCUGGAACUAAUUAUUGUCCGCGGUGUUAUAAUUUUUCAUAUAAAACCUACACCGGUGUGUGUAUUAUCCCUCGGGGGUCUAUUGAAUAUUAUCAUUAUCAUUAUUAUUAUUAUUGUUGUAUUAUUCGUACGGCGGCGAUACGCAUAAUACGGGCCGCCGUUCGACGGUCGCGGUGGUGGAAGACCAGCGUGCAUCACCGGUCGUUUUCUAUCCGUCUUUUGAACGGGGGUGUGGAGGUGGAGGGCGCCCCGUGAAUCGGGUUACCUAUUUUAUUUUUAACCCGUGCUCCGUCCACUAUACAUAGUAAAUAAUAUUUUAUUAUACACGAUAUACGGUGUCGUUGCCGCGUCUCGGUAUAGGUAUCUUUAUAUACCUACUAAUAAACAGGUGGUGCACGGGCGCGGACGUAUAUUGUAAUAGUAUAAGAAUAAGAAGAGAGAGAGAGAGAAAAACCCUCUAAUAUACCUACGCGGACAGAUUGUGUUUUGAUAUCGUACCGCGACGACGACGAUGAGUAUGCGCGUUUAAGUCUCCGCGCGGCGGGCCGUUGCAGUCGAAACGAGUUCAAUAAUAACCGACCCGCAAUCGUUUUUCUUUACCGUGGAGCGGGACACGAGCGAUACACACACACACACAUAUUAUAUUUAUAUAUAUUGUAUACAGGGUGAUUCGAAUAUAGAAUAUUUUUCUGGACAAUUUUGAAUCGUAUGAUAUAUCGCCACCUGUUUAAUUAUAUCGGCGUUUUUCGGUACAGAUAUUCCGGGAGCGGGUCGGGUUGAGCUUAAAAAUAAAGAACAUAGCAGAACUCUCUAAUAUCUAUUUAAGGGUUAAAUCUCUAAAGAAAACUAUAUUUAUAUCGUGUACUAUCUAUCGUCAUGUAUAGAAAAUAGAGACACGUAUUCGCCGACUGAGGUCCGCGAUAUUUUUCCGCGGUUCCGAACUGAUAACGACCGCUAGCCAGUUUAUUUACAUUUUUGUGUACGAUGAUCACUAGAGUUGUUCCGUGUAGAUUAUUUGUAAACAAAUCGGAUACCGAAAGUAUCGGCCGAAUAAUAAUACCUAUAGAACCGUGUCUGUCUCGGGUACAGACUAAUAUAGCAAUAUAAUAUCGAGACACCGGGAAUUGUGUAAUUUUGUGACAUUCAAGAUUCGAGUACUUAAAUAAGAAAAUAUCGAAGUGUCUGCUUAUACACGUGCACUGUCGCGACUAUAGGGAUUCAGGAACCUAGGCGCCGGUCAAAUUUUGGGGCGCCUGUGUCUAAAAGAAAUUUUGUAUUAGGGUAACUCCCAUAAAAUGAGGCCGCUUUAAGGGUACGGUGUACACCUAGUAUUCCCAUUGCAUAUAUACGUGUACGAAAAUUAUAUAUAGGUUACAUAUUCCUCGCCGACGAUAAAAAUCGACGUCGACGGUUCAUGGUUUCAUCGUCUAUAUAAUUAUUAUGAUAGUAUCACGAAUCGAAAUAUUUCAUCCGGCUAGUUUCCGUAACACGACGCGGAUUAUUAUAAUCGCGUACACAUUCGGUUCCCGUGAUAAUAAUAAUAUUAUAACAUAAGAAUCGCCCUGUAUAAUAUAAUGUAUAUUAUAUCGUUUGUUGUCGUUAAAAUAUUAGGCUCGGGAUCAUUAGGCUGUUUCGUUCCGUCGGCCCGCGCCGUCUCUUCCAUGCCUGUACAAUAUAAUAUAAUAUUUUCCUUCACGGUCGGCCGAAACAAUCCAUUAACGCGCGAGCCACUAUAUUACAUAUUAUUAUUAUUAUUGUAUAUGUACGAGGUACCACCGCCAUCACAGUAAUCCGACCCGCGGGGGCCUCCUUCGGUUUGACGACACAAAACGAGAGAAUCGGGAGAAAAAAAUUACCUACCUGCAGUGUAUACUGCGUGUGUACGCCGCCCGAAGGCUAAUGGACAUAUAGCGACUCCGGCGGCGGCUUGUGGAUUUUGUGUAUUAUUAUCGUCGUUAUUAUCAUGUGGUACGGGCCGGAAACGAAAAUGAAUUUGUUUUCGUCGGGUAUAUGCUCAGUGAUACGCCACUCUACACAAACACAAUAAUAAUAAUAUAUAAUAUUAUAUAAAACGUACGACGGCGGUCAUCCGUCGGACGUAAUUUUACGUUCUUAUAGUUUAUUAUAUUCUAUUACCGUUGAGGUUUUUUUUUUUUGUCGUCCGUCCGUCUUCGUACGCUUAAAUGCCAUUCGCGAAAUCCUCCGGGACCACAGGUUACGCCCGCGUGUUUCUUCUGGAUUCCUGACAAUUUUCGCGGGGGUAGGGGGAAACCCCGACAGUCAAAACCUGAAAGCUCAAUUUUAAAAUUUUUACGCGGAGCCGGAUUUUUAUUUUUCCCGUUUGUUUCUGUAAUCCCGAUGUUAUACCUCGCGGCGGACUUAACGCCUACGAUAACGGCGCCCGUCCGACAUCCAUGACAACGCUAUGUAUUGUUAUAGAUUUAUUUUUUUUAUGCAAUAUAACGGAUUAUUUACCUAUACUCUACCUACUCUGCGACGGUUUCGAAAUCCCGCCGACGACCGUCGUCGUAUAGGCGGUAUUGUCGACCAACAUAUUAUACGAUGUGCGCGCGCAAUGUGAAUAUUAUUUUCUAAAAGCGGCGGGCGUGAGGGUUGCGUUCGUGUAUUAAAUGCGUGUAUGUAUUUAUGACGCAGAGCUAGGAUAUAGCGAUUGUUGCGCAAACCCUCACGAACCCGAGCGGUAAAAAACGAUGCGUCGCGAUUACAAUAAUAUUAUAUAUAAUAUAAUAUGUAGAAAAGAAAAAAAAUGGAAAAUAUAAUAACAAGAGAGACGGAACGAAGUGGUUACGGACGGAGAGAGACGGAGAGAAAUGCGCGAGUUGCCCGCAGGUGAUCCGCUGCCGCCGCCGCCGCCGCCGCGUGUAUAAAUACGCGCGCGGUAAGGUUCUCGGCGGCGGCGGCGGCCUGGAACCGGUCGACCGAAUCCGAAUAUUAUGGUCGGAGAUACGAUCUGGUUUUUGUUUUUUUUUUUUUUUUUUUGUUCUAAACAAUAUUUCCAGUGGUCUUCGUCUUGCCCUCCGCGCCCGACCCUCGUAUAAUAAUAUUUUAUUUAUCUCGGCAUCUCGUGACCGCUCCUUGUCCACAACGCUCGCGCGCGCGCACAUCACACACGGCACACGUAUAGGUAUAUACCAGACGAACGUGCUCCGGGCGGCCGAUAUACGUAUACCUAGGUAUAUGUAUGUAAAAAAAAAAAACAUAAACGCGAGAGGAUAUAUUAUAUUAUAUUAUUAUUAUAUCUCGACACACACACGUAUAUAUAUACACACACACACGCUUAAUAUACCGUCUUGUACAUUGUUCUUGGUCGCGGUGGUGUAUACCACUACGCUCACCGCGGUAUCUCCGGUAUCUGGGUGUAUCUUCUUCGUCCGCCCGGCGCAUCCCACGCGACCGUGCCCGGUCGACUAUACGCUCUUUUACUAUUAAUAUUAUACCGCCCUAUCCCUCUAUGUAUACGUGUAUUAUCCAUCGCCUAAACUAUUUGGUUGCCCCGCAAAGAACCCUAUGAACUGAGCUUAAGCCGCCGAAUUUUCGCUCGGGGCUACCACUUCCCCGGCUUCCGUCUAUGCGCUGGUAACUCACCGUCGUCGUGGAUUCAUCCUCCCCUAGUUUUUCUUGGACAGUACCAUCUCCGUCCGCAAACUACCGUCUCCCACAGCCACGCCCAUUUGCCUAUCAACAUAAUUACCUCGUCUCCAACCGCAUAUCCCGAAAAUCCAGCUACUCGCCAUAGCUAUCAUAUAGACUAGGUAGGCUCUUAUACAUUCAUUCCAAAUCCUAUUUUACUCAACCUAUAAAUCUGGAACUUAUUCAAUGUGAUAUUUUCUUCUUGAUAACAGCAUACUUUCAAAAUAUAAGUCAUUCGGUUUUUUAAUGUUCCCCGUUUGUUGUUUUGUGUUCUAGUUGCACGGGAAUGUUCGUCGGACCAUACUGCCAAUGGAAAAACCCAUGCAACACGGGUCCCGUGCCCAGGUGUCAGAAUGGCGGCACAUGCGCCGUCACGCAACUGUCGCCCCAUUCUCCGCCCGGUUUCUCGUGCCAGUGUCCGUUGGGAUUCACCGCGUCCCUGUGCGAGAUACCCAUUUCGAACGCGUGCGACUCGAGACCGUGCAAGAACAGCGGCACGUGUUGGCUGCACGACAUCAAGGAACACCGGUGCAACUGCGCCCCCGGAUACACAGGUAAACACCGCCGACGAUGACCGUCGAUUUUGCGCAGCGACGAGCGCGGAGAAUGCAGAAUCGGUAGUACACCACUCGGGAUAUUAAUAACGAGAACUAGGGGGGAGAAGGCAAGAGAAAUGCGUGUUUUUUUUUAAAGACUCAAUGAAAACGUCGAAGGGGAAAAAAAAUAACGUUUCCUCGUCAAGCGUUUUCCGUGAGCAUAGGACGACGGUAUAAUAUUAUUAUAACCGUGGCCGGUCGGUCGGAUAUGGAUAAUAUUCGUUGCCAUCGUUGACUCGCAAUAAAAAAUAAGUACCGACUAGGGAUAGAGAGAGAGAGAGAGGAAAAGCAUUCCGCAAAUACGUCUUUUUUCUCGCAUCGCGACGGCGGCGGUAGAAUGUCGUGUGCAACGUUUUAUUGCGUGGCGGCGAGCUAACAAAUUGUACGUGUAUAUACAACGUCGUUACGCCUCCGCCGUGUUAUAUCGUUGGUCAUUCUUCUCGGAUUUUUUCCACCUUUUUUUUUUUUUUACCGUUUUUUCUUCUAAUCGCAAAUUUCCUCUUGUGCGCUUAACCGCGAUCUCGGCAAUCCGCGAUGUAAUCGAUGACUUCCACGAUCGUGUGUACGCGCGCGCCACGAAAACGUUACGUGGCCGGUAUACACAGCAUGUACAACGCGAUUGUGAUUAUUCCGAUCGACCGAACAAUUAUGUCGUUAAAAAAAUAUCGCUUCUCCCGGUGUGAUAAGAAACACGACCUCAAAAAAAAAAAAAAAAUAAAAUAAAAAAAAAAACGUAUUAUACUGACUAUCAGAAUUUGAUUUUAAUAUUAUAUUCUCGGUGAGAAUUUAAUGCCAACGAAUCGAUGGCCUCGUUGUAUAGACAAGACUAUCGAAUUUUCCACUACGAAGUACGAUCUACCCGACGUGGCCCAUUACCCCUACCUUUAUUUACACCCGAUCUGGUUUACCAACUAUUGAUAAAUCGAUUUGUAUGUUUGUAAGUUGUUUUAUACACGGUUCUCAAUUUUUCGGCCGUUUUAUUAUUUAUAUUCGUAUCACCCGGGAAGUGUUGGGUGUAUAAUGUACAUUAUUAGUUGUUAGACAUGCCCCGUGUAGUUGCUGGACCUGAGCCCACAGCAUUCGGAAGGUUUUGAUUUGACGCCCUGGAGGGUCGGGAUUUUUUCUUGGAAGGUCUCGGGACGGCCAUCGGUAGAAAAUUUGUUUGAAAAUAAAUAAAUUCGCUUUUAGCGACGGUUCUCGGUCCGUUCCUGUCCGGUAAUCGUUUCUCCCGGUGCAUUUUCCGCAAUCGAUUUCCUAUAUAACAUUCAAUUGCGACGAAACCGACGACGGGCAUCCGAUUUUUCGAUUUCGAUCUAUUUUUUUUACGCAGUUUAUCGCGCUCGCAUUUCGGUGCGUAUUAUCUUAUAUUUUAUUUUUUCUAGUGCAGUUUCGUUACAAUAAAAAGUCGCUGCACGCGCGCUUUCUCUCCGACGGAAGAAAAAAAAAUUAUGCAGGUAUACACAGGGUAUUCACGUGUUCUUCGGCGCAUUCGCGAAACGCCGAGCUCUCCGAUCCCACAGAGCCUUGCAUACAGUAUAUUGUUAAUCCGCCGGCAUGUAACCGGAUAUAAUAUAAUUAUAUCGGCUAGGUUUACCGGCACUCAAUUACACAAUAUGUUUCCGAGGACAUAUAAAUAUACCGUGUGUGUGUGUGUGUGUGUGUGUGUGUGCACUUGAUAGAUUCGUAUAGAACAAUAUCGUGACGGUCGUUUAUAAACGCCCGCUGCUCUAAUAUUUUAUUCCGCCUGGUCUCUUCGUACACGCGCAAAUUUUCGUUAUUAUUUCCCUUUAUUUGUUGUAUUCAUACGAUGAAGGCGAUGUGGAAUACUUACCAACCUAUAUAGACCGAGGAAACAGCUGCAUGACGAUUGGUGUUAACUGUGUAGAGACAUUUCGGAGGACUAGAAUCCUAGAACAACUGUAUGCUGUGUGGACCGAGCAUUCGAUUCCAUUCCCCCGCCUCCCACGACAACUAAAUAUCGAGCGAGAGAGAUAAAAAUAGUAGUUUGUCGGGUUACGGGAAGUGGAUAUUGUAAAUUAUAUUAUUGCAUCCAUUUCUUUAUUCCGUCUAUAGUGUUAUAAUUAUUAGAGUUCGGAUUUUUAAGAUAAAAACACUUGAAAUAUGGCGAUAAUAUUCUAAAAAAACUUCUAAAUUCAAUAAAAAAUUUAAAAAAAUAUGCAAAAAACAAUUAAUAAAUCCACAAAAUAACGGAAAAAACCUUAUUUCUGUAAACUUAAGUGUUGAAUAACCGUCCACAUUUUUACUCUCAUAAAACUGUAUAACAUCAUAUUGGGUAAUGCCGAAAAAAACGCAUUGUACAAAUUCGGACUCUAUAUUUGGUUUACAUUAUUAUAUAACAUAUAUAAAUUCUACAAUGUUUGUAUAAAUACGUUUCGAAAGAUGAAAAUUCCAAAUGUAUUUUUUUUAUACAUUUUUUUUUUCUUAUUUUCUCUUUCGCAGGACCCAAUUGCGAGCUGGAAGACCAUUGCGCUUCGGGACCGUGCAAAAACGGAGCCGAGUGCACGUCCAAAGACGAUUCGUACGAGUGCACGUGCGCCCCGGGCUUCACGGGCACCACGUGCUCCGAAGACAUCGAGGAAUGUUCGACCACCGAACCCUGCGUUCACGGACAAUGCGUCAACACGCACGGAUCGUACGCGUGAGUAUAAAAUAAUAUAUAGAUAUAUAUUUUUUUAUUUUAUUGAAAUUAUCCGUUAUUACCGUUUUCGAAAACAUAGAAUUACCCGAUAACGUACCACGCCGCCGCCGGCAAAGACGUUUCGCAAGCGGUUUGUAUACGCUGUUGGAAUUUUUUUUUCGAAAUUAAAUCGCGACCUCUGUCAUGCACGUGGUUUGUGUUCGAUCGAGUGUAAUGGUCGCGUCCGAAAAACGAUUCCGACCCAUAUCUGUGUGCGAGUGCUGCAGUUAUAAAACAAACUAACCCGAAAAAACAGCAAUUUGGACCGUUUUUCGGAACCCCCUCGAUCCUUUGAUCCCGCAAAAAAGACUUAUUUUUCAAAUGGCCCAUGACAUGUAAUUAUAUAUAAAAAAUACCAACAAUACCGACUUGUUCUCUUCAUGUAAAUACCAAAGGUAUACAAUGCCUACUGUGUAUACAGUUACAAAAUUUAACAUUGAAAAUUCGACCGGUUGGUAAAGUGAAAAAAAAAAGCCUACGCGUCGUUUUCCGGUGCUGUAUUUAAUUGAGUGUAAUAUUAUUAUAAUUAGAGCCGAAAACUUUUACGGGGCGAUGACGACCCGUAGGAAAACCGGAUUACUACUAUGUAACAUACAUUUUUAUAGGCGUAUAACAUAACUUCUCUCGAAACUCGGGGGUUGGGGAAGGGGGGAAAUCGUAUAGACGAAACACGCUCCGGUGUGUGUAAUAUGUGUAUAAAAAAAAAUAUAUACGUAUAUACAUAAAAAAAAAAUCCAAUGCACGCAAACGGACGGCGGCCCAUAAUUUUUAAGUCGUCCGCGGACGUGUAUAAUUAUUUCUUUUCCGUAGGCGUUCUCGACCGUAUAACUGCAUAAUGAUCCGCGCGAGCGAGUAAUAAUAUUGUACAGAUAUAUUUUUAUACACAAUUUUUUAUUAUUAUUUUUAUUUUUUUUUUUACUUUUUUUCCAUCUUCCGAAAACAAUACUCACGAGCUCGCGCGCACACACGCCCGCGAUAUGCGCACCCGAGGAAAAACGUAAUAAUACGAAAAAAAAAAAGUAAUAUUUUUUACCGCACGCGGUAGUAUUGUACCGCGUAUACAUUAUAUAGUGAAUAAUACAAUAUGCGCGAAUCGCCCGCAGGAAAUCCGAAUGAUGGCCAAUAUUAUAAUAAUAUUAUAUUAUAACAACAGCGAUGGCAAUAAUAAUAAUACGAGUACAACAAGAUAAAAAUAAAAAAAAAAAUACCGAUAGGGCACGCGAUCCCGUCGUCGUCAUCCACGCACCGACUUCGGUCGUCCCGCAAUCUUUUACACGCACGCGUUACGGUCCACCGGACUUGGCGGUAUGUAAUAUUAUCAUUAUGUUGUUUUUUUUUUUUUUGUGCGAUAUGCUUGAAAAUAUAUCGUCGUUUUUUUUUACGGAAAUCAUGUCGAUUUUACUUGAACAUUUUUUGGACUUUGAAGGAUGCCACGCUUGGAUCUAUUGUUAAACGGCGCGACGUGGCUGAUUUUCGUUUAGCAACGACGACUUUUUCCUGUCACUGUUUUUAUCACUCCCGUGAACUUACCAAUUCUAAAAGUUCAAUGAUAAGAACAUUAACUGCGCUAAUUUUUCGAAUGGUUUAAUUUUUAACAGAUAUAUGAGUCUGCGAAAUUUAAAAACGCUUACAUGAGUCUCGGUUGAAAAUUAUGAUAUUGAAAAAAAACACCCACGCAGUUGCACAGACAAUUUUCUUAUCUUUAUUUAGUUUGUCAAUAGAUAGAUGCAAUCUAACAUUAAAACUGACAAGGACAAAUUAGUAGCACCUGCUGAACGAAAAAAAUGAUGUAUAUGUUAGUAAGACGGAGACAGCAUAAUAUGCGGGAGUGGCGUCCACUUAACGGGCGAUUACGGAUGAAAUCUCCUGAUUUGCUAUAAGUUCGAGAAUCCGAAAUUCGAAAUUUAUUUUAAAUCCGAUUUUAAAACUAUGUAUAUAGUAGCUGAUUUAAGAUUCUUGUAAUACAUUAAAAAAAAAAAAUAAUAAUAAUAAAUCAAUUAUACAUAUAUUCGUACAAUUCACAUUUGACAUUUAGCUUAAAAAAAAAAACCAACCAGAAACCCGAAUUAUUGUGAAAUCUGAAACCCGGAUUUGUGUCACGUCUCAUUAUAAUAUUAUUACAGUAUAUUCACGAUUUUUUACAUUUAAUUUCCUGCAUUUGUUAAGAUUUUUGAAGACGACGAUUAUUCAGUAAAAACAUAAUAUUUUUCGUCGCGUUUUAACUCUCUUCUAACCCGAUGCACAAUGUGGAUUACGUCAAAAGAUGGCAAAAACAGUGCUUAAAAAAUGUUACUCUGUCUUAUCAUAUAUUAUUAUGUAAUUUGUAGAGAAGUUUAUAUACUGCAUUUGAAACCGGUUUAAAGCACGCGGUGUUGCUUAAAUAAUUGAUCCAGUUGGAACGGCAGUAACAUGAGUUUCGGUAGACUCUUUAAUUAUAACAUACAAUAAUAACAUCAUAAUGUAUAACUAAAUUUGUAAAGUUAUAAUUUUUUUGUUAUAAAUUCGCGAUUUUAACGUUUACCGAUUUCAAGUUAUCAUUGCAAGUUAAAUUAACUACAGGUCAGUUUGCGAAAAUUGUUGUCAUUCGGAGUAAAUGUUCACAAUAAUGUCACUAAUACGUUCGUUGUUAUCAAUAAUUAUUAUUUUAAAUAACCGUUUAACAAACCGCAAUGUACCGAACGUUCGGAAAUCGGUUCCGAUUAUAAAACCUAAUAAAAUAUUUACGAUACCAGAAUGAUUAAAAUUUCCCAGCAAUAAAUAUAUAAAACGUGAAUAAACUUAUUAUAUAUUUAUUGAAAUUUUUUUUUUUUUUAAUUGUAUUUUAUACGUAUCAAUUUGUACAUUUGUGUUUGACCUGGGAACCAAUUCCGUAGUUCAUCUUUUCCCCGCCAUAAUCGAUUAUUGUGAUUUUCAACACCGUAAUUCGGCUAUUUGCAUUCACACAUGAAAACAAUUACAAGACCCAAAAAAAAUCUUUAUCAUCGAUGUAUGUGUAUACGGUUUUAACAGACAUUGUGGUAAUUUCUUUACAUUAUAUACUUUUGUAUACAUAAUAUGUAAGAAAAAAAAACGUCUUAAGUAUCAAUGAGCACAAAAGUAAAAAUCUUUUUAUACCGUUUCUAUCAGUUUAUAAUUUUAUAAUAUAAUAUACAAUAUUAUUAUAUUGUGCACGUAUCGAACACAAGUCAUAAGGUCAGUUAUACAUUAUGUGAAUGUUAUUUUUAACAUUUAAAAUUUCACACAUAAUUUGAUAGUAAUGGUUAUUAUUUUUUGAAAUAUUCCGAUUUUUCGUUAUUUCGCGAUGUACAAUUUUACUGCGAAUUAUAAUAGUCGGAAGCCUAUAAUAUUGUUUCGGUUCGAUGUAAACUGUAAAUUUGUCGAUAUUUUUCCCCAUUUCGUGUAAAAAGCUUCUGGCGCAACGUAACGAAUCCGUACGAUCAGAAUAGAUUUUCAAAUGGUUGUAUAGAUAGUUCAAAGAUGAUUUUUCGCUGAAGGUUCUCUCGUUUGUUAAACCGUGUUAACUUCGGUCGUUACCCGCCUUUGGUUGAUCAACUGUAUUACGUGUUUCCCCGUCCGAAUAGGGUCAUAUAUUAGGUGAUACAAGUUUUACACAAAAAAAAAAAAAACCCGCGAAAAAAACCGGUAGACAUCGCCGUCGUGGGACAAUCGACUCCGCGUAUCAUAAUAAUAGUACAUUUUGUAUAAAUGUUGUGCGGUUUAGAAAAAAAAAAUUUGUUUACUUUGUUUGUCAUAUUAUUAUUAUAAUAUACACGAAAAGAUAAGAAAUAGUCGCCCACGCUAAAUUUGGCGUACAUACACACUCACACACACACGCACUACACAAUACUGUACAACUAUGUACUAUAUAGUUUGUGUGCGAUAAUUUUUUUAUUUUUCAUUUUUUUUUUAUACGCACCAUUCCAUUUUUCGGUUCACACGAUUUUUUUUAGUAAGAAACCAACCAUUCAGGGCGGCCGCCGCCCGCGUACACAAUUGGCCUAUUGUCUUUUGGGUCCAUGUUGUUUUAUCAUCAUAGUAUAUAUAUAUGUAUAGUAUAAUAUACUGUGUACUUAUACAGAAAAAAAAAACAUCGUCUACCAACAAUGAAUAAUUUGCCUCAGAAUAGAAAAAUAAUACGGACAAAAAUUCUUUCUAAAAUACACUCAACGCCGGAUUUUGCAAUAGUACGGUGUUAGGAAAAAAAAAAAAAAUAAAAAAUUACAAGAUAUUCUUAUAUUAAUUGUUACGUCGUUAAUAAGUCGAGAAAAACUACACCACGUUAUGUUGUUAUUAUUGUUAUUAUUAUUAUUAUGAUUAUCUUGUUAACGUGUUAAGAAUUUCUUCGUUUUAUGUAUACCAACCUAUUGUUCUAUUACCACGUUAAUUAUAAUACAGUAUAAUAUACUUACGAUGAGAAUUUAAUUACAUUAUUAUUCUCAUUUUACGCCGAACACUUUUUUCGAAAAUAAUUAGAGAGUUAUUCGGAUCUCGAAGUUAAUAUUGGAUUUUAGAUUCUGAGUGAAGCGAGGAUUGUACGGGGUUUUCUGUAAUGUGGUUUUUUUUUGUGCAAACAAUUUUUUAUACCAGAAAUCGUAUAUACUUUACCGGAACUUUCUUGUAGCAUUUUCGAUCUAUAGUUGGUGGUAGGUUGAAAAGGAAAAAAAACGGGUAUUUUUUGUUAAUUUCUGAAUCACCUUAACAACAAGAGAACAAUUACGGUUUAAUAUUCUGCUAAGAAUCGUUUUUCGCUAGCAAUCACUAACGAUUAAUGGUUUAUCGUCUACAAAUAUAAAUUAAAUUACUCUAUUUAUCUUUCAUCUAAUUUGUCCUAUUAAACAAUCGAUUCAUCAACAGGAUCAGUCUUUAUUACGAUUUUGUUUCAAAAUGUUUGAAAAUUGAACUCAUUUGAAAAUCUAAUCCAUUGUUAAUGAAAACGCGACGAUGAGAGCACUGUGGUCAGGGUAACGUAGGCUAUAGACACAUUUAUAAUAAAAUAAUGGACACAACAUUCAAUCUUGCCGCAAGCAAAUGUAGUUUUUUUGGUUAUUUGGGAUAAAUAUUUACAAUAUUGUCACUGAUAUGAAACGAGUUUUGUACAUAACCGUAUUAACCGUGCAUUAACCGUACAUUAAAAGCCUUAUUCUGUUUUUCUUUCUCAUACCCGAAAAAAGAACGCCAUUUGAAAUCGAUAAAGACUUGUUUUUUUCAUUAUUUUUUUAUCUAUGGUUAGACUAGCCUUACCAGGUUCGUCGGAUAAAACUAAUAAUGAUUAAAAUUUGUUAUGUUAUCAAUAAUUAUUAUAAAAAAAUAUCGUUUUGUUUCAAACCGCAAUGUCCUGAACGUUCGGAAAUUAUUCCCGAUUAUAAAACCCUAAUAAAAUAUUUGUGAUACCGGAAUUAUUAAAAUUUUCUCUGUAAUAAAUAAAUAAAACGUGAAUAAAUUUAUUGUAUUUAUUUAAACGUGUUAUUAUUAUUUUUUUAAAUUUUAUUCUACGUAUCAAUUUGUACGUUUUUGUUUGACCUGGGAACCAAUUUCGUAGUUGCCCUCUUCGAAUAUAAUCGAUUAUUGUGAUUUUGAAACAUCGUUAUUCAACAAUCUGUAUACUCACACACGUGAAAAUAAUAGUAAGGUCCGUUCAUAAAAUAUCUUUACUAUUUAGGUAUACGGUUUUAACAUAUAUUGUGGUAAUUUCUAUACAUUAUAACCAUAGUAAAAAAGAAAAAAAAACGUCUUUAAGUAUCAAUGAGCACAAAAAUAAAUACCUUUUUAUACUGUUUAUCCGUAUGUAAUAUAAUGUACAAUAUUAUUAUAUUAUAUUGUGUACGUAUCGAACACAAGUCACACGGAGACGAUUGUAAGUCAGUCAUAAAGUGAUAAAUCGGAAUCGAGUCCGUGUGAAACGGCGAAUUAUCCUUUUUUUUUUUAAUGCUCCGAGUGUAUAAAUGUAUAUAUUAUAUUAUCGUCGUUAUUAUUAUUAUUAUUAUAUACCUGUACGACUUAUAUAAACUCGUAUUACUGGUUUCAGGUGUAUUUGCGAACCUGGUUACACGGGCAAAAACUGCGAGAUGGUGUACGUCCCGUGUGAUCCGUCGCCGUGCGCCAACAGCGGCAGGUGCGUGCAGAUCGACGAUCUCAAUUACGAGUGCCAGUGCAAGUCAGGUAAUUAUUGUUAUCGGUCUCGGUCAAAAUAUUACGUUAUAACGAUAAUUAUAACAAAAACAACAACAAUAAUAUUUAUGUGUAUAUGUGAGUUAUGACACCGCGAGGUAACGAAAUACGAGUACAUAUAGGUAUCGCCGUUGACGAACCGUCUGAAACCGAUGAGACCCAUUAUAAUGUAUAACCCGACCUCUGUACAAUAAUAUUAUGUUAUUCGCCUCCCCGGGUCGACGGGGAAUACGCGCACUCAAAAAGCGCAUCCGCGAUAUCGUAUUCGUCCGGUUUAUCGCGAUGAUCCGGAUUUUUUGCGUUCAAAGUCCGUGAGAAUCCGGGAAAAACUUUUAAAGUGUCCUGCACGCAUCACGAAUCGAAUUAUAUAUUUAUGAAUUUCGGACUGCAUUGACCGAGAGAUUGGCCUGAAAAAAAAUACACUGCAUAAUAUAGGAAUCCGGAUUCUGCUUGUUUAACACUACGACGAUUGGGCAUAAACACUAUUUACAUUUACAUUUUGUGUUCGCCUAGAAAGACUACUAGUGUUCUCAAAAAUCUAAACUGUCGGGAUAACGAGUUAUUCACUAAUUGAAUAAUCAAUAAUUUUUUCUCGCUUUUUUUUUCUGUAUUUAUUUUUAUAGUAUUAAUUAGCAUACAAAAUAUAUUUGAAAAUUUAAUUUCGUAUACUUAAUCAAUAUAACAACUCUAUUGAAGAAAAUCCAUUUAAGUUUAAUAUUCAAUAAACAAGAAGACGUAAUAACAGCUAAUACAUAUAGUAUACAAAUUUCCAAUGUUCAACGUAACUAUAAUAGAAUAUUACUAAUAAAUAAUAACGUGACUUGUAUUAAUACAUAAUUAAAUUAAAAGAAUAGUGUACACUUGUAUUUAAUUUUAAGUAUUUUCAUAAGCGUUGCGUUUAAAACAAAAAGAAAAAAAAAUGUCAUUAAGUAUCAUUUCGAACGAUUUGAAAAACUGGCAACCCUAUACGCGUAUAAUAUAUUGUACACGACGAUUUUUCGGUCGAUACGACACAUUUUGAAAUCGAUUUUCUAAGCAUUUUUAGCGGUUUUUUUACGGCUGUACGAUCUGGAAUUCUCCGUUUAAAAUACACCGCAGUAAUACGGGAAACGUGCCAUUUAAAAAAAAUAAAAAAUAAAAUAUGAUGUAUCCCGCGGCCUUAUCACGCAGAGACGCCGUAUCGCUGGCGCCUUUGGAUGUUUGUGAUAUUCACAUCGAACUAAAAAAAAAAAAAACAAAACAAAAACAACAUGUAGAUUCGAUAACAUUAUUAUUACAUGUGGUAUAAUUAUUUUUAUCCGAGCGGCUUCCGGUCGGCGGUCGUAUUUUUAAUUUCUAAUCGCCAAUAAAUACGUGAUAUUGGUCGGAAGUCGCCGGUGGUGUGCGUAUUGUGCGGUUAACGUUUUUAUCUGUGCGGCGAACGGUUUCGUGGGAAAUAUUUUGGAAGCCGGUUGGCUAUCGCGCACUCUCGGACGCCACUCCAUGGGAAUCGAUAAGAUGACAUUUUCGGUGGCGCCAGUGGUGGGAGGCCAUUUCCCUGCAAUAUCUAUACGAGAUUGACGAGUUUUUUUUUUUUUUUUUAAAUUUGUUUUUUGUACAUCCGCGAUAGCUCGAUUGCUUAACAAUGUAUAAAAAUAUAGACACUUAUUGCUACCCGCCGUACAAUACAAUAACCUAAUACAGCGCGGUUCAAAAGUCUUUAUCCGAUAACGUAAUCGAGCUACUGCAGUCGAUCGCACGUUCGGAAAGAUUAUCGAUUCUAUUGGCGAGUUAUUUAAGACGGAGCACCGCGGCCGUGGAAUUUAGAAUUUUGUCCGGUCAAACAACGGACUCUCUUAAUGGCGGCGACGGUAGAGCCGGUGGACGGUUUGACGAUAUUCGACUUGGUCGAUCAGAAUCGUUCGAGAGUAAUUCGAACACCGUUUAGCCGAUGGCCAGCGACCAGUGGCGAUUGUAAUGAUGUCGAACAUUAAUAUUGUAACACAUCAUUAUAUGUGUAUACAAUUCAAUUAUCUGCCGCUCAGAAUCGUUUUUCGUUAGCGACGGUUUAUCGUUGUGUAAAUUAAAGUGUCGGCCCUUUUUUUUUUAUACUUUGCCUUCGCUUCCGUGUCAUCGUCGUUUUUAGAAAUGGAUACGAAUUUUUCGAAAAUCGGACUUUCGGACCGCGCUGCGUCAUACAUAUUAAUAAUACCCGUGCAGCGACUCGUUAUUAUCGUUUGACGACGUCGACGACCCCGAAAACCGGGAACAGUAAUAAUAUACAGGCACGCGUAUUUUUUUUUAUUUAUUUACGUGUCAACGACUAUAAGAUUCCGGUGCUAUAACCGUGGCGUGGGCGUUUUUCAGGCGGAAUAUUUCCCAUGAUAAACUGUAAUGACGAAUAUGUGACAGUGGUGCACACAAAAUGCUGCACAAUCGGACGCCGAGAUAGCCCGCCGCGAUUGUAAUAUUUAUUGUAAUAUUUUAAAUCUAAUCACUCGCGUACAAAGGCGAUUCGUUGGUCGUCGUCGUCGUCGUCGUCGGAGCAGGAAACGUUUUUAUCACGCGUCGUCGCGGCCGUGUUUUGACUGUGUACCCCGACGAUUAAUGACUUUUUACUGGCGUAAAAGAAAUACAAAUGAUACAAAUAGACCGACACUUAAUCAUGGCUGACGGGCGCGUGCCUGCGUUGUUUUUGGAGGAGACGGCCGACGCGCGAGUAAAUAAUUCAAUUUGUAUAUCCGCGCGCAACGAUAAACCGUCUGGUCAACAAAAAACGAUUCCGAAUAUUAUUAUAGCAUCGUGUUAAUUCUUUCGUCGCCAAUGUUUAACCGCGCGCGUGUAAUAUCGACAAACAUUGUUGCCCGGUUCCGCCUGUCGCCCAUAAACGGGAAAAAUGUUUUCCGAAUCGAGGAAAACUCGUUUUUCCCAUAAUAGUAUAUUACAUACGCGUUUUGAAAUCGUACACCACGAACACUUGGCCGAAACGAAACAUUGAUAUUGUCCGCACAGCGCUUUGUAGUAUAAUUAGUGUACCUAUACCGUAGACGCAUCAUUUCGUAAAAAAAAAAAAAAAAAACUAACUAACGGUACCAACACCGGGUAGAAUUUUAAAUAAAUCUCCCGCAUUGUCGGGCGGCGCUGUUACAGCGAGGAGCGCGCCCUAAAAAUCAACGCCGCGAGUGUCGUCGCUUCCGCCGGUCGGUCGAAAUUAUCUCUCUUAACGCGUGGCGGCGUCGUCUUCGCGCGCGUUCCCAAUAAUAGGUACCCGCGGGUAAAUAAUAAUAAAUGAUCGAUGAUCGAUCGACGCGAUCGAAUCCCCCGCGUCAUCGACGUACACACCUCGUCGAAACCUUUCGGCGGCCCGCGUGUAAUAUUUUAUUUUAAUAAUAUUAUUAUCGUCGUCGUCGUCGUCGUCGUGUGAUACGAUAUUAUUACGCCGCGGUCCGUCUCACGAAACGCGUUCGCGUAUCACGUCGCAUCUCCUGCGCGGGCUGUCGACGGCACCGGACGACGACGUUAUUAAGCCGUUCGUCCGCCGCCGCCCAUUUCGCCGUCGUGUCGGGCCGUUCUAACGGAUCGCUUUGGCUCGGCGAACACAUCACACGCGCGGGCGCGCGCGCGCGUAUACGUUUUUUCCCUCCGUCCCCCCCCCCCUACCCUUCUCCGCUUAUGAUAUUAUAAUAUUCGUCCGAUUCGACUCGCCGCCGAGUUUUACGAUUGCGAUAAUCGUGACCGCGGAGAAUAAUCUAUACGUGCGUACAUGCAUAUAUAUCAUAAUAUUAAUAUCCGCGCGGUGUAUAAUAAUAAUAAUAAUAAUAAUAAUCGCCAUUUUUUUUUUUUUUUUCUUAAAUACUACACAUAAUAUUAUAGGCACCACUCUGGUCGCCCGACACCCUGACGUACGUAACGGUACGCGUCGGACCGCCGCACGUCUUUUUCUCGUCGUGUCACUGCGGUAUUAUUAUUAUUAUUAUUAUUUAUUGUGUGAUACGCGCGUCGUCUCGUCUCGUCUGCCUGUCGUCGAAAGCGCGAGAUUUGCGCGUGUGAACGGGAAAAAAACCGAAACAAAAAGAGGAAAAAAAAACCUAAACCAAAUCCGUCGGACGGAUUUCCAUCGGCCGCAUAAUAUAUAAUAAAGCGGCGGACGUUUGCGGGCGGGCGAAUCGAUUAAAAUACCGAUUUUACGGUAUCGUUCCGUAUAACCGCGCGGACAUACCGGAGAAAAACGCGCGCGCGCGCACACCCGGUGCAGGAGGACACGCACACCGGUUUUGUGCGGUGGGCCCACCUGCGCGGCGACGACGACACGCCGACCGAUGUUCGCGUGUCGACGCGCCGAGUAUUGUGUCGAUCGAGUCGAUAAUUAUUAUUAUACAAUCGCAAAUAAUAAUAAAUAACAAUAAUAAUAUCGCAGUCGCCAGAACGCGGAAUAUCUCUGGCGACGCGAUUUUUCGCGACUUUCUUAUCGGACAGCAAACGAACCGAGUCCCCGGGGGAAGUGCGGGCUCGUAGGCGCAACUAGAACACCGACACAGGUCUCGAUUAAAAACGCGAAUUAAUGCGUACCUACACGGAAUCCGUGUACCCGUGAAUAACGAAUAUUUGUACUCGCGUAUGAAUGUGAUAUUCGUGAAUUUAUACUAUCCGUGUACGCCGAUACUUCUCGCCGAGAAAUGUGUAAUAAACAGCUUGUUUUUAUGUAAAGAGAUCACCGAAAAGUGAAUACGUUUUGGUUUUUCUCCCCGAAUCGUUGUGUCGUGUCUUGCGUCCGUCUAUAGUUUUUUGUUUGCCGUUUCUCGCCUAUAUAUAAUACUGUUAUGUUUCUUUUUUGCGCAGGUUUUCGCGGCAAAAACUGCGAGGAGAACAUCGACGAUUGCAUACCGCACGCCUGUCUCAACGGCGGUACGUGCGUGGACGACGUGAACAGUUACACGUGCUCGUGCACCCCGCAGUGGACGGGCGAUUCGUGCGAGAUGGACGUGGACGAGUGCGCCAUGCGUCCGAGCGUCUGCCACAACGGGGCCACCUGCACCAAUUCCCUGGGCUCGUACAACUGCAUAUGCGUCAACGGCUGGACCGGACAGGACUGUUCGGUGAACAUUGACGACUGCGCCGGAGCCGCCUGUUUCAACGGCGCCACGUGUAUCGAUCGUGUGGGCAGUUUCCAUUGUCAGUGCACGCACGGCAAGACCGGUGAGUGAAAACGUUUUAAACGUCAUUUUUUUUACGGGCAACUGCGCAGUGCAGUUUUAGAUUCGGAGGUUUGAUGUUAUAAUAUCGCGAAUACGCAAAAUAAACAAUUUCAAUUUUCGAAAAUAUAAUGAUUCCGCACGACUUUCAUGACGAAAGCGUAUAUCGUGUUUUCGGCGGAACACGUCUAUAGCUGUUUAUUGAGUCAUGUUAACGGUGAAUUUUUCUCGCGAUUUAACAUUGAAUUUUGUUGAAAAUUCCAGUCUUUGAGAAAAAAAAACUGCCACUGAAUGUAUAGUUUAUAAUUUUCAAAUCGUCUUUGUCGUAUUCGCGUGUAUGAUGGUCUAUACGACAAACGUCGAGAUCAAAAUGCUUUUCUAAUGUCUAACGGCGUAAAUCAUGUUUUUUUUUUUGUCCACAGGUCUCCUUUGCCACCUCGACGACGCGUGCACGUCCAACCCGUGUCACGCCGACGCAAUUUGCGACACGAGUCCGAUAAACGGUUCGUACACGUGUUCGUGUGCGUCCGGUUACAAAGGAGUCGAUUGUUCCGAAGACAUCAACGAAUGUGAACAAGGUACGAUCUAGAAAGAAAAAAAAAGUUGUUCAUAAUAAUAUAAUAUAAUAAAUACAACACGAGUAGUAGUAUAACAUAAUACGAAUCCUCGGUGCGCCGAAAUCACAACAGCGACGACGGGUUCCCACACUAUCGCGUUUCCACGGGCAUAAAACCGCACUCCGUCUUCGGCGUCCGGGGGGGUGGAGUGACGACGGCGGUGGGUGGAGGCUACCUCUUCUUCUUUUUCUUCUUCUCCUUCUUAUAUACUUCCAUACUUCUAUUACUUCUAUUACUAUAACUACAAGUCCUCCUAUUCUCGUAAUCCACACCGUACAGUUCGUCGUAGUAUACACGCGGCAGGGCUCUUUCUCCGCGCGCUUCUCUCCAUUAUCCGGGCCGCCGAACAAUGGCCCGCCGGCUUCCUGUUCCCAUGGCCGUGUGCGUGUUUCGCCGCGAUUGUGGGGGAUAAGGGGAAAAUGAGAUUAUCGUUGUCCGAUAACGGCGACCGGUAAUUAAAAUGGUUACGUACGUACGCGCGCGCACGGUAACGUCAGCGGUCACCGCGAGUAACCGCACGUAUGUAAUGCGGUUGACACCGUUGACGUUGCGGACACGUCGUGUACGUACAUGUACUCUGGUACAGUGCGUAUACUGCGAACAAGUUUAUUUUUUUUUCUCUACUGGUCAGGCCGAUAAUAUUAAUAUAAUAUCCUAUGGUCGCCGCACAGAUGCUUAUCUGGGUAUUCAGCACUUGUCGCGCCGCUCGUGCAACGUACACGAUCCGUGUUUUCCACGACAUUUCAGGGCCGCGUCCGGAAACAGGAAGAAUACCUGCAGCGGCCGGACGCGUACGCCGCUAUAUACACGAGUGUGGGUAGUCGUUUCGGCCGAGGGGGAGGGGCGGGUAUAAGCCAGAGGAGAGGCUGUCGGCGAUCGACCGUAAGUACGCGUACUACACGGACGGCGGAAGGGAGGGGGGCGUGCCCGUCCGGCAAUCGGGAGAUGUAGAGAUAGGUAUACCGCCGCGGAAGAGGAGGAGGAGCAGGCGCGAGCGGGUCGCGGACGGAUGGAUUACAUUUCGUGAAACGUUGUAAUUAAGACGUAGUCAUCUUUUUAAAUUGUCAAGUGAACAAACGGCGGCGCACGCCUCCGUUAACGAGUCAAUUAAAAAUCGUAAUAGAUUUUCGGUCCCGGUGGGUUGGCGAGCAGAUUUUUCAUCGCGCGCUGUUACGUAACGCGACGACUCUACUCCGCGACGGAUACCUUUCACACGUUUACCGCUCGCGCGCGCGCCCACCUCGUUAAUGGAAUAUCAACGUGCAUCAUGAUCUAUCACCCGCCUGUACCAAUAAAAAUUGUUUAACGAUUAUGAGCCGGGAGUUGUAGCGUUGAAAAGUUGAUUUUUUUUUCUUCUGCGCUUUAACGCGUACUCGAAAUCACCGAAAUAUAUAAAUAGCGCAGAAAAUCGGGAAAUAUAAUCGUCCGAAAUCAUAUCCGACAAUAUUGCUGUAGAUACUACGAUGGGGACAGCCGUGUCUUUCUCGGGUUCGUACACCGACUGUUUUAACAAUACGCGAAAUGCUAAUACCCCUAGCCUCGAUUACGAGCACCACUUUUCGUUUCUGAGUGGUCGACACCGAGGAUGUUUCUACGCUAUUUUGAUAAUUAUAAAUAGAUUUGGUUUAAGAAUGUUCCCUCGUUUUCGGGUAAAAUCAAAACAAAUCUCUUUAAAAAAAAAAAAAUUAACCGAGUUCCGCUCAGAAUCGUUUUAACCUUCCUACCUUCCUGCUCGAAUCGAUAACUAAUCCGCAGUAUGUAUGUAGUCCUAUAACCUAUAUUUUAUUUUCGCAGGAUCACCAUGUGAACACGAUGGAGUUUGUGUCAACACUCCAGGAUCGUUUGCCUGCAACUGUCCGCAAGGAUUCACAGGGCCCCGGUGCGAGACCAACGUCAACGAGUGCGAUUCUCAUCCGUGCAAAAACGAAGGUUCUUGUCUGGAUGACCCCGGCACUUUUCGAUGCGUGUGCAUGCCAGGUAAUUAAUUAUUUUUUUUUUUACAUUUUUUUUCGACAUUUUCGCGUUUUCGCGUACGUCCUUUAAAGUAAAUUCAUUGAGCGAUACAAACGAUUUUAGCUUUAGGUCAUUUAUAUUACUCCCGGAGCUCUUUUUUUAAGGAGAAGUAGAUCAAAAAAAAAAAAUGUUUCUCCGUAUCGGUUUUUAAUUGACUCCUGUCACUAAAGGUAAAAAACGUCCGCUGGUAACGAUAAUUCGUCAACUGUGCGAGAAACGACCGACCUUCUCGCUACACACAAACAAUAGUAUAGGUUGGUAGGUUUUUUUUUUUUUGUUUUUUUCAAAACGACUGACAAUUUUCGUCAUUUCUCUUCUCGGCGACAUGUACGCAAACGUGAUUUCACGGAAUUCUUUAUUUCUUUAUUUCUCCGACAGUGCACACAUUCGUAUAACGUAUACCUAAAAUCCGUCGACAAACUUAACAUUAUAUUUUCGAUGAUUUACGUAAUAUUGUACUUAUAUUAGGAGUCCAGCACGAAGAUAUUUAUAAUAUGUAUUAAUAUUUUACUAUCAUUUUUUUUUAAAGUAAAUUUUAAGCGUUUUUUAUAUGCGUUAUUUGAAAUAAAAUUUAAAAAUCGGUGUUCAAUGAUGGGCUGUAGAACCACAAAAGUUUAUCAAUAAGUAUAAAUAUAUAUUUAUAAAAAAAAAAUUAUAUUAUGUUUACAAACUUGCGGAAAAUUUCUGUACCGGGGCUCCUUAAUGAUGGAUUUAAAACGACACUACGCGAUGAUCAAUCUUCAAGUAUUAAUAACCAGUUUGGGAUAUUCUUUUUUGGCUAAUUUACAAAACUAGCAAAUCUAAAAUUCCAACCAUUUUUUUCCGUCAUCAUUAUUUUUACAGUUAAAACCACUAUCCGAUUUUAACAUUCAAAUCGUAACUUACAUUUAAAAUAUGGUAACAUAGAUGUAUGAAGUUUUAGUUUAAACGAUAACGUUGGUGUUGAAACUUUUAAUUUCCGUGUCAACCCGUCGACGAGAUACAAGUGGUCGGAGAGUGGGAAUUGAGUGCCCCGGUGUUUGAGUUGUGAUCAUCCACUACUCUCCGGCCCCAUACCGAUGAAACGGCAAAUUUAAUAUAGUGUACAAUUGACGGAAAUAAUAAACGACAACGCCAAAAUUUAUUUAAACUAAAGCUUCAAUCUAUUUACGCAAUUUGGUUUUGACGAAAACUAACGGUAUAUAUUGUAGCAUUUCAGAAGUAUUGUUCUUAAAUGUUUCAAAAAAACAAAUUACGAAAAAAGUUAGUACUUUCCGAGAUAAUGAGUGUCUAUUACCGAGUACUCUGUAUAUAAAUUAUUUUAUUCGCGGUUUUUUUUUUUUUUUUGUACAUACGACGGUCUCCAAUUGGUAUUAAUUAAGAAUUCCGCUAUUUAUGCAGUCGGAAAAUUUCCGAAUCGUAAACAUACAUUAUAAUUAUUUUUAUCUAUUAUAAUUCCGCAAACGCGGUUAUGGUUAUUACCAUACCCGUCGAGCGGAAAAUGAUAAUAAUAGGACGUUUCGCAUACUAUUAUUAUUGUUAUUAUACGCUACAUCAGUGGAUGUUUUUUUUGUAGCCGGAGAUCUCGAUUAGAAACGCGAAUUAUUAAUCUACGUACGCGAACACGGAGUUCGUGUACACGUGAAUGAAAAAAAGUAUAUUCGCGUAUGUACUUAAUACGCACGCGAAUUUACUAUUCGCGUUCACGUGUUCUGAUGUCAAUAAUUCGUGUAAACGUGAAUAAUUUUUGAAGUACAAUAAGGUUGUAUAGAUUUCAAUGUUGUUAAUAUCAUAUGAAUACGUGAAAACGCGGAGCUCCUAUUUUAAUUCGCUGCCAGGAGAAAAUGUUACCUAUGUUUUAUUACUCUCCGCUCUUGUCCAUUAUUGUCAUCGGGCAACGGAUUCCCGUUCGACGAUGGAUUUUAGAGGAGAGGGAAUCUUAUUAGUAUUAAAAACUUUAAAACAAUGUUCGAUACUCGUCUUUUUCGCCGAUUAUCGGAGGCGUUUUUUUAUGAUCUGCGAAAAUGUGUCGCAUAAGACGCGAUGUAUUAAAAUAUUUUGAUAUCCUUCGAUAUGCUCGAUUCGAUAUCUCCGAUGAUCGCAUCACAAUCGUCCGUGUCCGGACUUUGCGGCGAUUCUCCGUCUUGUUUCGUUGCGUUGUUCGAAUAUUUCGGGAAACCUCAAAUAUAAUGCGCACGAUAUUCGUUAUUCCUAUAGUUUUUAUGCGUUUCCUUGUCUAGCGACGUUAGAACGCGAAAUAACGUACGAUCUAUAGUAUAUGGCGCAUUCCUAUAUGACGUUUACGUUUCCGGAGGUUUUUUCCGUCUCUUUUCCGAGCACGGGCCCAAAUCGGAAAAUCGAACGGGGGGAGAAGAGAGGAGGGGGGGCUAUACAUUUUCGAUGAAAACGAAUAGAGCGAAACCGGCGGCCGCGGGGAGGUACUCUCGGUUAGGUCGCCGCGGGCGGUUAAGUUUUCGACCGGAUAAACGGUAUGCACUCGUGAUCCGGAAUGUGCCGAGCCCCUCGCUAACCAUCGUUCGACCAACCGAGAGACGGAAAAAACAGUAUCCUACAUUACGUAUAUAAUAAUAUUCAUCGCGUUUCGUUUCGGUCGAGUAGCGACGACGACGACGACGGAGAAGACGACGUCCGUCACACGGGUCGUGCCGCCCGUGUGCCGGCGCGCGCGUUUGUCAGCGGCGUCGGCGAGGCGCAUUCAACAACCGGUGCGCGCACAGACAAACACACACACACACACACACAAAAGCUCCGUCGUCGACGGCUCUCUCUUUAUCUUUCACGGAUCUCGCGUGAUCUCGCGUAUACGCGUACACGAUCCACGGCAGAUCAGACCGGCCAGAUAAACACAUCGGAACGGUCGUUCGCCCCACCGCCGCGCGCCGUAGUCGUCGAGGCGAGGCGCAUACAAAUAUUGUAAUGUGUUCCGCCGCGUGUUUCGUGUUCGGGUUUUUUUUUUCUGCCCCCGACCGCCACAAUAAUCGUAACGAUAGUACGCGCACACGCGAUAACGAUAUUACGGCCGCGUUACAGCGAUAAUAACGUUAUAAUUCGGUCGUCUCGGCGACGGUCAAAAGAAGACGAAAUAAAUCGCUUGUAAAAGGGCGAAAACGCGUGAACGGAUGGGGGGGGGGAGUAUAAUCGCUCGCGCGGGAGUUACGGGACUUUCGCGGUCACCUCUUCUACGAGAUUUGCCGCCAAAUAUUUUUGUUUUCAAAAACGUGUUGGAUACAAAUUUUUAAAAAAUAUCAACCCUGACAGCAGUACCCUUAAUUUCGUUCAUUGACGCAAUCUGAGGGGCAGGACUUUUGAACGAUUUCGACUCUCUUUCCCCGGAAAACUCGACCGGGCCCGUCAAUAUAAAGCGCUCAUCAAGUAAAUACUGAGCGUAACAUGACGGGGGUUUAUCCGCCCCCUUCCAAAAAUAUUUGGACUAUUCGUGCCCGCGAUUUGUAAUUGACUCGGGGCAAAGACAAAUAUGAAGACCGCCGGAAACAUUUACAAUAAUAAUAUGCAAACAACUCGUAGAAAUUCUAAACGACAUCGCGUGAUAUGAAGACGAUCGUCGGGUGUUCGAUUUGACUUUAAACGAUAUCGUAUUGUCGACUGUUCAUUCUUUCUUUUUUUUUUUUAAUCUACACACCCGUCUCUUUUCCGUUCGUCGAAUAUAGGAUCGCGUCCCGAUAAAGCGAUUCGCACGCGAUUAUUACUUCCCCCGAUCGUAUGGGCCGUUGUUAGUAUAGCCGCGACAAUUAGCCACGGAUAGAAUCCUUUCAGGAACGGAUCGACCCGAUGAAUUUCGAUCGGUUUUAUGAAAAUUCCAUCCCCGGGGAUAAAAAAUAAUACGGGUUUCUAGUUGUUUUCGGCAUACGAACAUCUAAUUGUUUAUUGAUUUACUAAUGUUCGUUCGCGGGUUACGCCGGUGACACGGAUAACAGUUCGCGGAACGAGAAAACUGUUAUCACUAUUAUCUAGCAAUUAUCCGCCGUAGUGUACGGGGGACGCUCGUGGAUUCCUCGGAUUUUCCGGACUCAUCGCUACAGGACGUUUUUUAAUUUUCCGGACUUUUCCGGAAAUGCGCGACGACCGCGCUUAUUACACUGCGUGUAAAGGACGCGCGGAUUGGGCGCGGCCGCGGAUUAUUAUUGUUUAUUGCCAUAUGGGUACGAGAAACGGACGACGGCAUUAGAAUAAUGUAUAUUACGAUAAUUUAAUACGUGUAUGAAUAGCGGGUCGGGUUAAGCGGUUACGCCGACGACGUCGCCGUGGUCGUCGGACAUUUGUACGCGCAAGAUUUACGGUCCAUUGUAUAUUGUGUAUGCGUGCCGCCGCCGCCGCCCUUGUUCGAGACGUCUGCCCGGUCUCUGUGCAGCGCGCCUUCUUAUCGACGCGCCGCCGCCGCCGCCGCCGCUGCCGUCUGUUCGAUUGAAAACGGCGGCGGCGGCGGCGGCGUCGCGUCGGGUAACCGCUACGCGCAUACACAAUAAAUAUAUUCGCCGCGGAGAGAGAUCGCAAUCGCUAAUGGGUAGUAAAGUUCUUCUCCUUUAUUGGCGCGUAAUACCGGGUGCCUCAUUAACCGCGCGGAUAAUAUCGUCCGCGGGGGCCGCGAGAGGGACCGUCGUCGUCGUCGCGCUUCUCCGCCGUGCGCGUAUUAUAGUAAUAAUAAUAAUAAUAAUAAUAAUAAUAAUAAUAUACGUAUACAUACCUACAGCGCAAUAAUAAUAAUAACAAUAACAAUAACGACGACAACAACAACAACAACAACAACAACAAUAAUAAUAACGAUAAAAUUACGCGUAUACGGACGCCGGGAGGAGACGGGCGAAAAAAAAAAAAAAAAAUUAUAAAGAACCGCACGCUCGCGCGGAAUGUACCGCAUAAAAAUCCGUACUUAUCUUUACGCGCGCGCGCGCGCGCGUGUGUGUACCGCACGGCGGCGGCAAAAAAAAACCCGCGAUCGUACAAUGCGCCAUUGUUCGGGUAAACAACAAAAAAAAAAAAAAACCAUCGUUGGGCCCCGGUCCGUUCGUUACGUACGUAUACGUUAUAUUUACAUUGCUCUGCGAGUACGUAUAGUACGUAUAGUUAUUUUUAUUAUUAUUAUUUUUCGCCUUCUACCCGUCUCUACCUCCCCCGUGUUGCUGUCGUAUAUUCUUCGCGGCGGCGGCGGCGGCGACUACGUUGACCCUAAUCUAUUAUCGCCGCUUUGUUGUUGUUGUGGUGGUUGUCGUCGUCGUCGUCGUCGUUAUCUUGUACACACGCACACACGCCCGCGAGAUUUCGUCGCUAUCACGCCCACGCCGCGGAAUUAUUGUUAGUUUUUGUUGUUGUGUACCGCGGACGGUGCGAGACGGGGCUGGAGCGGCUAACGAACGCCCGGCUCGUUACUCGUUGAAUGCGUUGUUAUUGCACAUCACCGUACUUUAUAACGCGCUAUUGAUUAUCGAAACGGGGACCCGAUUGACCCGCGCACACCGACUCCGGAAAACGUUAAUGAACAGUAUUUUCACGAAACGCAUCAUAAUCCGGUGCUCGCGAGUACGGCGUGUCAUACAGGGCGAUUAUUUUUAAAAGCGCACAAGCGAUUUAUAGGAGGACUUUUUUUUUUUUUCGUCAAUAAUUAUUUCGGAUCAAUCGUGUGAGUCGACCGUGUUUUCUCUCCCUUAUUCCGUAUCUCGCCCGCGAAAACUCUCAAAUAGCAACACAAAUUCAAAACAACGAUUUCUGAAUAAAACAAACAAAACUUUCCGACGAAUUUCGAUGUUCAACACAAUCGUCGGGUGGUCUUUUGAGUUUAAAUUUUAGACCGGACGAGUGCCACGCGUGUAAAGGGAGGAGUCGUUAUCUAAACGCGGACGUGCAAUUUAUCAACAACAGUUGUACGUAUUAUAUAUUCACACGAAUCGCCCUGUAUAAAUCGACGUCUGGUCGUUAGAAAGUUUAUAAUACAAUAUUGUUGUGGAUAUAUUUUUUUUUUUCAUAUACGUAUUAUUAUUAUUAUUAUAUAGACAGGUGUCUGUUUAAACGAACGACGACUGCGCGUCACCGGGUCACCGGAUAGGUUUCCGUUUUUUAUUGUUAUUUAUUUUUUUUUUUUUAACGUGUAAGUGACGAUAAAACGUAGAAAGAAAAAAAAUUACAAUAAUACGAUACUUUGGGUUUACGUUCGUUUAAUUGCACCGACGGCGGCAGUUUGUCGGGUCGUAAAUAUUUUAUCGUUCCGUAAACAACUGCUGCGCGAGCAAUCGACAGCUUCUUCGCGUUCGUCCGGAGCCCCGUUUAACACCGCUGCGUUAUUAUUACAGUCGUGUACCGAAACAAAAACGAAAAAAAAUCUCGUCUUACCCGGUGUCGAAAUGCCAACCGUCGCGUGCAUAACAACGUGCGAUAACACAAAGGCGGUGGUCCUCGUGCGUUCGUGUAAUAGACGAUUAUUGUUUCCGUGUGUACGCCGCCGGAUUUGUGCCCGUCAUUUCGCCGUCCCCGCGCCACUCUCGUAGUCCAGUGACGGGACGAGAUAUAACUGUCUUCGCCGCAAAGCCGUUUUGUAUUCCGUUUUGACUGUUUUUUUUUUUAUUUUUUUUUAUUUUUUCAAUCUCUCUAAUUACGAUGUUCGCCGUCAUCGUCACGGUAAAUCACGACGGAACCAUCUGUCCGCGGACGUCCGUUAUUAUUAUUAUUGUAUCGGUUACGACCGUGGUUUCGUCGCCGCCCGUACGGCUGAUAUAUACCUAGCGAUUUCCGUGUUGGGAUUUCGCUUUACUACCGAUCCGCCCCCGCGUCGAACCCGAUGUACGUGUCCACAACGUCCUCACGACUGUAUUGUGAUAAUGUGGUCACGAGGGACGACUCGCGUCCCCGAGUCCCGGGGAGCUCCGCGGAAAUAGGACCGUACAAAUUACCCCGUUCGAAACGGGCGGCAUUAUUACCCGGCGUGAUUGCGUACCGACCGAUGUUACCCCGCGGGAUCGUUACAGUCCCGCGAAUAUGUGAACGUUGAUCGUAAUCAUAAUCGGAUCUGCCAAUCGCAUAAUCGAUAAUUUACAGGGUCCGGCGUUCAAGCGACACCCGAUGCCGUUUGAAACCACCCGCUUUUAUGUAACGAAUCGAAUACGUUUCGAGUAAACGCCGAAAAUAUUUGCCCGGGGCACGUAUUAUUACAAUUAUCGGGGUUGGAUUUUAAAAUAAUUUUCGAAAGUUCGGUCCGCAAAAAAAAAAAAAAAAAACCCCGAUAAAAGCGACGGACUCGGGUAUCGGGAACAAACGACAAUACGGGAAAGCCGGGGAACGCUAACCGUAAAACGCGCGAAAAACCGAGACACGGCCCGGUGUGGCGGAGGCCGGACGACCGGUCGGACGGAGUAAAAAAAGAUUUGCCUGGAUCGCGGGCUGCGAUUGGUCCGAAAAGUCUUGUCGUACGCUGCCGGUAUGUACGUCACUUUGCCGUCUACGCGCGUGUACCGUAACAGUUAUUGAGUUUUCGCGACAAGCGGCGAGCGGCGGCGCUAAAUGAUUAGCCGCGUUCCCGGGCCCGUACCGCGAAAACUGGUCGCCGCGCGACGAUUCCGAAAAUGGGCGGAAAGGAAUGAAAGAGAGAGAAAAAAAAACACAUCGCCGAUCCGACCGGAUUCCGCGGACGGUUUUUUUCCUAUUUGUAUUUCGUUUCGUACCUAUUAUAUCCGUUUCCAGUUAGUGGGCAAUAACAAGCCGUACAAAUCAACGGGGGCGAACGAAUACCUCUCGCUCACUCUCUCUCUCUCGCUCACUCUCUCUCGCUCACUCUCUCUCUCUCUCUCUCUCGUCGGCCCGACAGACACGAGGACGACUACGGCGAUUGCGACGACCGUCGCGCGCGUUACAUUACCUUUUAUAACCCGGCUGAUUGACACGCGAGAACUGGUCCGGGGCAAUAAUAAUAAUGUAUUAACCUCGCGUUACCCGGCCCGCGUACGAUGAUAACAAUAAUCAUCAUAAUACUCCGCUCGCCGCGUUUCCCCCGUAUGUAUGGAAUACACGAACUCCGCGUAUACCCGGCCGUCGUCGUCGUCGUCGUCGUAGCGCGCGCACUAUAUUAUAUUAUAAUACUCGUACGCCAUUACACGCGUACGACACGCGGCGUUAUCUCGGCAAUAAUAUAUUAUAAUGGUAUUUAUAUUGUCCGCGAUCGUAAAUUUCGAAACGCGUCGACGGGUCACGGCGGCGGCGGCGUUAUUUACACCUCGUUCCGUUUCCGAGCGUAAAUCAUUUGCCCGGGGUACCGGGGUGGACACCGCGGUAACACGCGGUACCCGGGCCCGCUCGGCGCGGCUCCGGGAACGGGCCUUUGAACCGGUGCGCGAAGAUAACGUACGGGGGGGUGGAUGGCGGCGCGCGUGCUCGUUUAAUAAUAACGAUAAAAAUAUUACGGUCUUCGCCGCGGGAUCCUGUACGAACACGGACGGACGUGUCGGAUACGCGGUCCGGCGGCGGCGCGGUACGUGUAAUUCUCGGCUCGAGUUGGCACGACCGCACGACGACGGCGCUCGUGUUAUAUGACGCGACGCGACGUGCCGUGCCGUGGUGUUGUUGUUGUUGUUGUUGUUGUUGUUGUUGCUGCGUUGUUGUACCCGAUAGCGUAUACACCUAUACGACGUGACAUUAUAUUAUGCGUUAUUACGCCGGUCUACCCGGGGUUUUCGCCAACGCCGCCGUCCGGUUUAACCGCGCGCGCGCGCAACAGUUUAUGUAAUGUAAUUACGCUCACACGGUCGCGCCGACUCGCCCUCGCGCGUACGUAUCCGUCGUCGUCGCGUCCCCGUUACACGUACUCGUGUGCGACGGCGGGCGAAUUCGCUCUACCCACAACAUUGUAUUUAACAAGUACGCGUGUUACAGCGAACACUUGUAAACACAGGGAUCCUGCCAGUCCUCCCGGAGUCGCGUGGGGUUUUACGCGCGCGAUAACAAUAUGCGAACGGACUAAAACCGAUCUCGGUAUAAACCUUUCCGUUCGAUUUUCUCGCCCCUGUACUGCUGUGCCCGAACGAUACGCGUAACAACGGGCGUCCCAUAUUAAUACGCCAGUGGCCGCAUCCGAGUCCCGUCCCGAAUGUGAAGUACGAAUUCAAGGAUACACGAGUUAUUCCCGUCGCUCUUUGCGUUUUCUGCGCAAUACUUAUACCAAUAUAGUGUGCAAUUUACGAGUACGAUGACUGUUCUCUAUUAUUUUGAAAUAAGGGAAUUAUUAUUGCUCUCGCUGCUUUCAGUCAUCGCGCUAAAUAAUCGAAUUAAUAAUAGGUACUGUAUUAUUGGCGCGUCUUCGUGUCUAGAUGUAUUAUUUCUCAUUGUACUUGUAUAGUUAUAAUAUAACAUUCUAGUCGACCUUCGUUUUACCGGGCACGGAACGGGUAUACAUAUAAAUUUUCAUCACCCGAGACAGAAUCGGUGUUAAAAAAAAAGGUUAUUGAGACGCAACUCGGAUGCAGCCAUUAUUGUCUACGAAUUUUCAAUACCGUUAGUUCGAUACGAUAUUUGUUUGUAUUUGGUUGGUUUUUUUUCUUUUUGGUAAACAAACUCUAACCGAGUGCGUAGUCGGUAUUUUGUGUCACUUGCAGUAUUAUGAAGUUUUACGUCGUUAGAGCCUCUUGUAAUUUUCCAACUCGAUAGAUUAAUUCUUUGUCUGACAGCGAGUAAUAUUAGUUCUUUUGUUGGCAUCAUUAGUGAUGGGAUUUUCACUUUUCGAAGUUACGCCGUAUCACACGUACAGCUCAAGUUGUCACAUCGAGUUCGAGCGGUUCCAUGUCGACGUUAUUGCGGCGAGAUUCGCGUCCCACCGAACGCUGCAGCACUCUGUGGCUAUUCCGUGUUUGUCGCUGCAAUCGUGUCACUUUUCCCCCCAAAAAAUAGGAGAAAAAAAGCGCUUCGCCAUUGAAUAUUCGCGAACGUACGUUAUACGAGUCGUUCGGGCGAUAUUAUCUCGCGCAGCUUUGGGCAACACCGAAUCCGAAAUCCGUUUAACGACAUGAGAAAAAAAAAAAUCCGAAAUCACGUCCCCCCUCCGGGCUCGUAAGAAAAAAUUCCCGUCGCCUAUAGUUUCGACACAUAAUAAUUAUUCGGGAUCCGUUAACGGCGCGAGUGACGACAUCGCCCCGACAGAGUUAAAAAAAACGACAUAAUAAUAAAUAUAUAAUAUACUCUAUUACCAUCACGCUGUUUAAUAUCUGUUCACUACAUUAUAACAGACACGCAAAAGGAUUACAUCCUCGUAUUUUUUUAACACUUUUUUUUUUUUUGUUGCGGGUAUAUAUAUAUAAAAAAAAAUCAGGUUUCAAAUUGAACCCGUUAAACGAACAGAUGGGGCACAUGAUUGCACAUUUGGUUCAGGGCAUAAUAUUAUUAUUUUAUAUGUACGAGAGCAGAGACGGUAGCGAUUUCCUCUUUAAAUCAUUUUCCGCCGUAACGCGAGCGAGGCGGAAAAGGAAAAAAAAAACAAUUAGGCGUACCAUAUUUGUAUUUUCGUGUUACACGUGGUUUUUCGGAGUUAUUAAUAUUUCGUUGAACUCGAGCGCGGUGUGUUUUUCGCGUGAAAAAACCGAAACAGAAAUCCACAUGGCCGCCGGGAACUUAUUACGCGACUCGUACAAAUAAAGUGAAAAAAAAAAAUGACUGAUACUGCCGACGGGAUGUGGGAUAGGCGCCGACUAGACCACCAACUUUUGGGGUGCUAAAAUUAUUGACACGUCGCAAACCCAUAGUGAAAAUACCACCACAAUUCCCUUUACUCGAUACUUACAAUAAGCAACUAAGCAUUUUAUUUACAAUUUUCCUAUAAAAAUGUAUUGUAAUUUUUUAACCGCAUUUUUUUUUUCUGCGCACAUACAUUGUCUGCAGUUGAUAAUAUUUGUAUUUCGUUCUGUUUAUUAAUUACGAAACACGUGGAUAUUUAGUCUGUACUGUAAAAUAGUUUAUUGGGUAUUUUUGGCGGUAUUUUGGCCAAUAUUUUAAACUCUGGGUUGUUAACCUGGAAACCGGAAGUAACUUAAAAUGGAGUAACUUAAACGUAUAUCCGUGUUCAGACGAUAUCGGAACGGUUUAAGGGCGGCGGACCCAUUAUACAGAACCGAUAGGGGAAUCGCAGUGCCGAGUAGAAGAGAGAACUGUGUAAAAAAAAAAAAACACCGCGUACAAAUCGAUGAAUAUUUGUUUUGUUUGUGUUUCUCUCCCCACCCAAUACAAUUUCUACUGUGUACUUGCGCAUGUACGCUAACGAGUCGUGAUUAUACACGUUUACGGGUAUCGAGUCGUUAUUAUAAUGUACAUUUAAUCGGGCGGUGCGUAAUAUUACUUGAACGUUAUUGUAUUAUAAUACGUCCGUAUAACGAAAUCACGUCGGUCUAUCGGGUUUUCAUUUUUUUUUUUUUUUUUUUUCGAAUAUUAAUCGACGGGUUAAUGCGAAUUAAUUGCGCGACGCAGUCGGUUUUCUUAUUGCGAUAAUAUUACGCGGUCCGGUCCGACCGAGUAGUUGGUUACCGCAUUAUUAUUGUUGUAAUAUUACGCGUAGUAAUACAUGUAUUUUUUUUUUGUUUUUUAAUCGUGGGAUAAUAUUUUUAGUACUGAAAAAAAAAAAAAUAAUAAUAAUAAUAAGAAGUAAUAAUUAUAACAUUUGAACCGUUUUUUCUCUCUCUCUCUCUCUCUCUCUCUCUCUCUCUUCACGACGACGGUUUCGUAAUUAAAUGCGCGUUUUCGUCCGUUACUGUUUACGUAUUUGCGCGCGCGCGUUAUUAUCAAAAAUCAUUUGCCGCGAUAUUUUCGACCGCGGCGCCCAACACAGAACUCGAAAAACACAACAAUCGUCGUACCGCGGUGUCGAUCCGAUGCCCCCGCGGUCGCUGUACCGUGACGUGGCGGGUACGAAACGCGGUUGACCGACCGCCGUCGAUUGUGAAUCGGCGGUGCGGUGGGAGGGGGGCGGGCGCCGGGGCGUAGGUUCGGGUACGACGCGGACGGAAAAGAAACGCGAGUCGUGUAAUACGUCACUCGCGUACGAAACGGCGCGCGGAAUGUUUUGGCGUGUGAACCGAUUUUUUUUUCCCCCCCGAUUUUUCGAACGCUUCGGACGCGCCGUCGUACCGCUGUAUUUACCCGGUUUUAUUUUUUAAUUUUUUUUUUUUUUUUUUUUAUGGGUAUACCCGUGCCCGGACCGUUCUCGCGGUGAUCGCCGCCGCCCCGGACGAACGUAUAAAAAUACCGUCGCGCAACGUCCCGCCCGUGAACCGCGUCAUCUCGGCCGGCUCGCAAAGGACAACGGCGUAAUACACUUGUUGCUACACUACGGCCGCUCGGGUCGGUGCGGUGUACGCGCAUAGAGAAACGCUCGCGCGCGCGCGCGCGCGUAUAUAAUAAUACGUAUACGCGCAUCCCGGUACGUCACGUAGGUACAUAUUGUUCUAACCUAUAAAUGGGAUUGCCGGGACGGCGACGAUUGGUCCUUGUCCGGCCGAACCCGGAGACAGAUGGUCUCUGCGCGGCGCAUACCCGCUUUCUGUAUACAACAACACGAUAUAAUAACCGACCGCCGUCGUCGGAUAAUAAUUAUAAUUUUAUUCUUGUACGAUUACAAAAAAAAAAAAAACAAUAAUAAUAAUAAUAAUAAAAAACCAGAUUGUCAACCUUUAAUUACCUAACCGGGAACUGGAUCCCGUCGAUUCCUUGGAAUUAUUCAUUUCCCACACACUGCGCGCGUAUAUUAAAUACGCGCCGUAUAAAUAAUAUCGGCCGCGGCUCGCUGUUGCACACCUGUUGUAUAAAAUAAUAAUAAUACGCUAUAUUCGCGACGAUAUGUGACCUGCAUCCGUAAUCUGGAACGGCGAUUUUUUUUUUUUAUUAUUAUCAUUUUUUUUUCCAAUAAUCGCGUUCCCAUGGUGGAACACGCGAUCCGACCGAUUAUCCCGGUUCACUAUCUCCCCGUUCCGUCGAGUCCGGAGCGGUUUGAACCAGCCACCUCGUCCAAUUUAAUCACGCACCCCCCUCCCCCCGGACGUGAUAAGAAAUUGAUGAUAACGUACAGUUGUAUGCCCUCCGCCCACCAGAUAUGCCCGUCCAAGGCCGACGCCUACUUAUUCAGCGGCCGACCGCUAGCGGUGGAUCCAGAGGGGGCGACGGGGUCGGGUUCCCCCUUAAAACACCGUAGUGGAGUUUAAUUUACUAUUUUUCGCACUUUUUUUGCCCCUCACAAAUAUGAGUUCCGGAUCCGACCGCCGCAAUAUUCUUUCGCGUACUUUUCCACUCGCCUCGGCCGAUUUAUAACGACUACCCUUAUGCGCAUUUUCAUUGGUAAAGGUUUUAUUAACUCUGGACUUUUUUUUUUCCUGUUCUCAGGGUUCGCCGGCACACAGUGCGAAAUCGACGUGGACGAAUGCGAAGCCGGUCCGUGCGAUAACGGCGGCGUGUGCACCGACAUGAUAAACGGAUACAAGUGCUCGUGCCCAGCAGGGUUCUCGGGGCCCCGGUGCCAGACCAACAUCGACGACUGCGUGAGCACCCCGUGCCAUCACGGCGGCAUAUGCCACGACUCCAUAGCCGGCUACCAGUGCGAGUGUUCGCCCGGGUUCACCGGAUUCAAUUGCGAGCACAACAUCAACGACUGCCUGUCCAACCCGUGCAAGCACGGCGAGUGCAUCGACGGCCAGAACUCGUUCACGUGUUCCUGUCAUCCCGGUUACACCGGACUCCUGUGCCAAGACCAGCUGGACGAGUGCGCGUCCGCGCCCUGCCAGCACGGCGGAACGUGCGAGGACUUGAUCAACGGGUACCAGUGCCGCUGUCGGGCCGGCACUUCCGGUUCCAACUGCGAGGUGAACAUAAACGAAUGCGUGUCCAAUCCCUGUCGGAACGGAGCGAAAUGCAUCGACGGAAUCAACAAGUACGUUCCGUUGUAUCUGUUGUGCAGUAUUAUACUCGUAUAAUAACCGACGUGUUUUUACGAUGCCAAAGUACUGACGGUUGUUUUUGUUUUUUUUUUCCUCCCCGUAGGUAUUCGUGCGACUGUCUGCCCGGUUUCACGGGUUUACACUGCGAAAUGAACGUGGACGAGUGCGCCAGCAGUCCCUGCGCCAACGGCGGGAGUUGCGUCGACCUGGUGGCCGGUUGGCGGUGCGAAUGUCCCCGAGGCUAUUACGGACCCCGGUGCCUGUCCGACAUCGACGAGUGCGCCAGCAACCCCUGUUCCCUGAACGCGCUGCGCUGCGAAGACGGUCUCAAUCAGUUCAUAUGUCACUGUCGGCCCGGUUACACGGGGAAACGGUGCGAAGUCGACAUAGACGAGUGCAGUUCCAACCCGUGCCAGCACGGCGGAGUGUGCACCGAUCGCGUGAACGGUUACACGUGCCAAUGCAAGCCCGGCUACUCGGGACACAACUGCGACAUAAACAUCGACGACUGUGCCAUAAACCCGUGCAAGAACGGCGGUUCGUGCAUCGAUUUGGUGAACGCUUACAAGUGCGUCUGCCAACUGCCGUUUACCGGUUCGGAGUGCCAGGGCCGUUUGGAUCCGUGCACGCCGAACAGGUGUCGUAACGGGGCCAAGUGUUCGCCUUCCAGCAACUUUUUGGACUUUGCGUGCGAAUGUUCGAUCGGAUGGAAGGGUCGCUUGUGCAACGAAGACGUGGACGAAUGCGCGUUGACCGCGCCUUGCCGGAACGGCGCGACGUGUCAGAACACCGACGGAUCGUACAAGUGCGCCUGCGCCCCCGGAUUCCAGGGCCGAGACUGCGUGAUCAAUACCGACGAAUGCGCCUCUUGUAAGUGUCUAUACGCCGUUGUUGCGCUCUGAUUUGUAUAUUAAUUCUAACCGUGCGAUUUUUCCGAUUCUAGCGCCUUGUCAGAACGGAGCCACUUGUCUGGACGGCAUCGGCGAUUAUACUUGCAUGUGCUCGGACGGUUUCUCCGGUCGCCACUGCGAAGUGGACGUCGACGAAUGUCUGUCACAACCCUGUCUGAACGGAGCCACGUGUAAACAGUACGUCAAUUCGUAUACUUGCACGUGUCCCAUCGGAUUUUCCGGCAUGUACUGUCAGACGAACGAUCAAGACUGCACGGAUUCGUCUUGUAUGAACGGCGCCACUUGCGUGGACGGCAUCAACAACUACACUUGUAUAUGCCCCGCCGGGUAAGUAAACCAAUACGUUUGCCAAUCGAAUCGGAACCCGUAUACGAUUACACGAUUAACGUUGAAAUUUGUUUUUACGUGCGCAGGUAUACAGGCUUGAACUGUCAGACCAGAAUAAACGAAUGCGAUUCGUCACCGUGCGAGAACAGCGGCACUUGUCUGGAUCACGGCAAAUAUUACACGUGCCACUGCGCGUACGGUUACACGGGGAAAAACUGCGAGUCGUUGAUAGACUGGUGUAGUGGCGGCGGCGGCAUGCCGCAGCCAUGCGAGAACGGAGCCACGUGCAAACAAAUCCAGAACUUGUACCAAUGCGUGUGCCAGCCGGGUUGGACGGGUAAGGUAUGCGACGUGGAAAUGGUGUCGUGUAACGACGCGUCUCUGCGUAAAGGAGUCCGGCGCGACGCUCUGUGCCACAACGGCGGCGUUUGCGAAGAUAUCGGCAACAGUCACAGGUGUCACUGCGCCGACGGCUACACCGGCAGUUAUUGUACGAAGGAAAUCAAUGAGUGCGACUCGGCGCCUUGUCAAAACGGAGCUACGUGCAGGGAUUUAGUGGCCGGAUAUUCGUGCCAGUGUCCUCGCGGUUUCCAAGGACAAAACUGCGAACUGAACGUCGACGACUGUCACCCGAAUCCCUGCCAGAACGGCGGAACGUGUCGCGAUCUAAUCAACAGCUUUAGCUGUUCUUGUCCGCCCGGCACAUUGGGCAUUAUUUGCGACAUAAAUAUCGACGACUGCACUACGGACGCUUGCCACAACAACGGUACUUGUAUCGAUCGAGUCGGAGGUUUCGAUUGCCGUUGUCCGGCCGGCUUCGUCGGUCACCGUUGCGAAGGCGAUAUAAACGAAUGCCUGUCGAACCCGUGCGAUCCGUAUGGGACACUGGACUGCGUACAGUUGGUCAACAAUUUCCAUUGCAAUUGUCGGGCCGGUUACAUGGGCAGGCAUUGCGAAACCAAGGUCAACUUUUGCGAGAGCAGCCCGUGUCAAAACGGCGGUGUAUGUUCCCAGGUGGAAGGAGGCCAUACGUGCGUCUGUCCGAAAGAGUUCUCGGGCAGGAAUUGCGAAUUCUUCGGCGUCGACUGUGACUCCAGCCCGUGCCAAGGCGACGGGUUGUGCCAUUCCCUGGAACACGGCGGAUACCAAUGUGAAUGUCCGCCAGGUACAGCAGGUACUCAUUGUGAAAUCGAUAGCUACAACGAAUGCGAGAGUAAUCCGUGUGAACACGACGGAACAUGCCAAAACAAACUCGGAGACUACGCGUGCUUCUGUCCGCCGUAUUGGUCCGGAAAGAAUUGCAAUAUUUACGAUUCGAAGUUUAAAGGUGGUCUAGGAAAAUUCCCGUCCAAAGGAAUCAUGACGAAGAAAGAUUACGAUUGGGAACGAGAGCUCGCCGCUUGUGUAACUAACGGCUGCGCAGCCAAAUCUCAAGACAACAGGUGUCAUCAGGAAUGUAAUACGGCAGCUUGUGAUUUCGAUGGCGGGGACUGUUCUCUCGGUCUAAAUCCUUGGAGGAAUUGUACAUCGACGAAAAACUGUUGGCAAGUGUUUGCUGACGGACGUUGUGAUGUUGAAUGUAAUACGCCCGAAUGUCUGUACGACGGUAGAGAUUGUGAAAGAACGCUGAUGCCUUGCAAGUAUGUAUUUUCGGUUUUUGUUGUAUGCAUAAUAAUAAUAAUGUAUUCAAUAAUAAAAAAUAAAUAAUAAUACUAAUUUUCAAAUUAAAUUUGUUUUAGUCCAAUUUACGACGCGUAUUGUCAAAGUCAUUAUGCUAAUGGACACUGCGAUUACGGAUGCAAUAACGCUGAAUGUAAUUGGGACGGUCUGGAUUGUGAACGAGAACCUCCUAAAAUCGCUGAAGGUGCCAUGCGAUUGGUGCUCAGGAUGGACUACCAUCAACUAUUAUCUAAUUUAACAUCAUUCUUGCGAGAUGUACGUGUAUACAGCAAUUUCGAUUUGUUUUGAAAAUAUUUUCAAUAUUUAACAUAUAACAAUAUUUUUACAGGUUGGUCGAGAGUUAAGAGCUACUGUCCGGGUUAAACAAGACGAAUUGACCAGCAAACAAAUGAUAUUCCCUGCAGAAAAUCCCCCGGGAGCUGUUGUGGUUUAUUUGGAAAUCGAUAAUAGAAAAUGUGAAAUAACCAGAGACGUUGAAUGUUUCUCGAGUGCUACGGGGGUAAGUUUUAUAAAACUGUUUAUUUUUAUUUAAUCGUAAUUUAUAUUGCGUGCGUAUUAAUCACGUGUUUGUUUAAUUUUCAGGCUGCCGGAUUUUUGGCCGCUUCGGCUGCUAGUCAUGCUCUCUCGACAUCGUUCCCCAUUUACAGGGCCGAAGGUGUUGGCCCCGGAAGUCCAAUCCCAAUAGAACCACCCAGGAGCAGCACAGCAUUAGUGUUGACAGGAAUGUUUUUGAUAUUAGUCGUUGGUCUUAGUUUAGGGGUGUUAAUAUCGACACAUCGAAAGAAGGCCGCUGGCAUAACAUGGUUCCCCGAAGGAUUCUUGCGUACUGGCAGUAACAACAGUAGAACCAGCACUCAAAGGCGAGUGCCCGACGGACAAGAACUCCGAACGAUGAAACAGAAUAACAUGACGUUGAGUUGUAUGGACAUGAAUAGCGGUGCGAUGACGAUCGGAAGGGGCGCCGGCGCUUGGUCGGACGAAGACGCCGAGGGAGAUAUGCCACCCGCAAAACGACACAGGCCCGCGCCGAUAUCAUCGCAGCCUUUGGACAAUCCUUACGAUGACGUUUGGAGUCAUUGCAACUUGAAUUCCAACGACAAUAAAGCCACUGUUAUGUAUACGCCGCCGUCUAGGGUAAGUUUUUAUCGGGGUACUUUUUACAGUGUUUUUAAACGCUUGUUUGUUUUUUUUAUAACACAGGAAACCGAAGUCAAUGAAAGACUUCCGGGAGGAUUGACCAGACUCAUGGACGUAACGGUCGCUGGCGGUGCUGGAUUGGACACGAGCAUCGAUAAUGAAGACGAAGACGGACAAGACGCGACGACCAAUAUGAUAUCGGAAUUGGUGUCCCAAGGCGCCGAGCUAAACGCCACACUGGAUAAAACCGGAGAGACUUCGUUGCAUUUGGCCGCGAGAUACGCUAGAGCAGACGCAGCAAAGCGUUUAUUGGAUAUGGGCGCUGACGUUAACUUUCAAGACAACACUGGCCGUACACCGCUGCACGCUGCAGUAGCCGCUGACGCGAUGGGCGCUUUCCAAGUAAGUUGUUCGUUAUUACUCAGUUUGUGGGUACGAAGUUGUUAUAAAAUACGUGUUUUUAAUCGAUAUGAAUUCAAUAUGCGCUAGCAAUGUUUAAUAUUAUUAUGUUCGAGUGGUCUUAAUAGUAUUUUUUUUUUUUUUUUAUUUUUUUACUUAAGAUUCUACUAAGAAAUCGAUCGACAAAUUUAAACGCGAGAAUGCACGACGGAACGACGCCACUGAUAUUAGCGGCCAGAUUGGCCAUCGAGGGGAUGGUUGAAGACUUGAUUCACGCUGAUGCCGAUAUCAAUAUACCCGAUAACAGUGGAAAGACGGCAUUGCACUGGGCCGCAUCGGUCAACAACGUGGACGCCGUCAACAUUCUGCUGGCCAACAACGCAAACAAAGACGCCCAAGAUGACAAGGUAAAUAAAUAAAAAACAUUUUUCUUAGAAUUUCUCUUUUAAGUAGAGUGAACUUUGAGCUUUGUCCCAAAAUGAGUUUAUCUAAUCGGUGUAUUGUUUAGGACGAAACGCCGUUGUUCCUGGCCGCCAGAGAAGGAAGUUUCGAAGCGUGCAAAGCACUUUUGGACAACUUCGCUAACCGGGAGAUCGCUGACCACAUGGAACGGUUACCGCGGGAUAUGGCGAGCGAACGGUUGCAUCACGAUAUUGUGAGGUUGUUGGAUUCACACGUGGCGCACCCCAACGCCCAGACCAUGGUGCCGGUCAACAACAGUUUCAUGAGUAAGUCGCAACGGAACCGGGUGGCGCGGCCGUUAGUGCCUCUGCCCAAGAACACCGGGACACCGCCAAAGAUGACGGACAUUGACAUCGGGAUGUGUUUGUUCACAGACUCGCAGCACAUGAUGUCUGGCGGCCAUUCUAACAUCAGCAUACCCGGGUUGAAGUUGAACAACUUGAACGGUGGCGGGGGAACGGCCAAGGGCAAGAAGAGGCCGAAACCGUCGAAUCCCACGAGUCCGGCUGACUCGAUGGACUCGAACGUGUCGCUGAAGCGGAAGAGCAGUGUCAAAAAUAAACCGCCACCGCCGUUACCGCCAAUGUCGGCGGCCAUGUCGUCCACGGCGGUCGCGCCCAGCAACAAGAAACCGUUCGGCCUGGACAUCACGUGCGCUAGCGGUCCCAAUAACAUGGAUCUGAUGGCACUAGACGUGUCCAGGCUGUACGGAACAAGUGGCGGCGUCGGCGGCUUGCCUCAACAACCGCCUGCCUAUGAGGAGUGUUUGUCGCAGUUGCCAAUCGCCUCACAGAGGCCAUCUAUUGCCAACUACGGUGCGGCUAUGCACCAUCAACAGCAGCAGCAGCAGCAGCAGCAGCAGCAGCAGCAACAGCAGCAGCAACAGCAGCAGCAACAGUCCGACUACAGGGCCAUACACCAGCAGCUGUUGGGCAUGCAGGCGUCCUUCCAGGAACCGUCGCCACCUCACAGCGUGGUCAUGUCGCCGUCGCCUGGAAAGACGCGACCGUCGCUACCCACGUCGCCUACUCACAUGCAGGCCCUCCGGCACGCCACUAUGCAGGCGGUCGACCCGUUUAGUCACUUCCAUCACUUCUAUGGAAGCGUGCAGCAGCCACCGCAGUCGCUCCAGCCGCCGCAAUCGCAUCACUCGCAACAAUACCUGACGCCGCCGUCCGACGCGGCGCCCGAAAGCUUUCCGACGCCGUCGCCAGACUCGCCGUGGCACUGGUCCUCAUCGUCUCCUAACUCCAAUUCCGACUGGUCCGAGGGCAUAUCAUCGCCACCCAACAACAUUAAUAACUGCAAUAACAACAACAGCAACGGUCAUCCCAAUAAAGUGUCUGACGCCGUUUAUAUAUAAUAUGCAGAUUGAUGUUAUUAGUUAGGUUUAGUUAGGGCAAUUUGUUUGUUAUAGAAUAUAAAAAUUUAAACAAUUAUUUGCAAUUCCUUUACAUUUAUAAUAUUCGCAACGGUGCCAUUCGUUAACCUCAGCAGUCUUGACAAGACCACCUCGUCAAGGUUACGUUACGCCCUACCUAACCUAACCUAUGUCGGUCGUCGCCAAUACCAACAUAUUUUAACCUAUGAUUAUUAUUUUAGUUAUUUUAAUUAUUUAUGUAUGUGUAUGUAUAUAAACCACAAACGUGUUGCAAAAUUUUUUUUUUUUUAAACUAAUUUUUCCAUCUUUAUUAAUGUGUACAUACGUUAAAAAAAAUUGUUCAAAGUAUAGAUUUUAUUUAUGUAUACAUACGCAUAUAAAUAUUUUUAUCGCUUUCUUGUACAUUUUUUUAUUUUUAUCUUUAUUAUUAUAUUGUCAUCGAUACCAUUUCUUCCCAUCCACCCAUUAUUCGUGUACCAUGAUGGACAUGGUGUCUACCAUUCUUUAUUAUUAUUAUUAUUAUUUUUAUUAUUAUUAUUAUUAUUAUUAUUAUUAUUAUUAUUAUUAUUAUUAUUAUUAUUGUUCUCUUUUUUUUUUUUUUAAUUAUUAUUAUUAAUUUUGUCUCGUUGUCUUGUCGAGAUACGCAGAACGAAUCUAUCGAACAAUCUUUACAAUAAUCUUUUAGACUUAUUCGGUGGUUAAAUAAGCACAACGACAAGACUGCUAGGGAUCGAAAUGUAUUAUUUUUAAAUAUUUUUUUUUUUGUAAAUACAAUUUGUAUAAUUCAGGGAUUGUUCGAUCACGAUCUCAUCACAUGACAUAAAUAUAUAUAUAUUUUUUUUUUAAUUUUAUUGUUAUUGAAAUAUUAUUGUAAUUAUUAUUAUUAUUAUUAUUAUUAUUAUUAUUAUUUUUUUUUUUGUAAUUUUAUGCUGUGGACAAAUAGGAAUAUUAUUAUUCACAAAAAAAAGAUACAUUGUAUAUUUUUUUACUCAUACAAAUUACAUAUUAUUAUUAUUAUAUUAUUAUAUAGGUAUUAGAAAAAUAAAUUAUAUUAUUGUAUAAUAAUUAUUAUUAAAUAAUAAAAUCAUUAAGGCUCUCCUUCAGAAAUUUAUAUUGUAAUAAAUUGCGGAGAACCUCGUUAUGGGUUUAAUAUUUUGUUCUGUGAUUCUAAUAUUUAGCAUUAUAAUAUAAAUGCAAAUCCACGGAUCCGUCUGUGUGUAUGCAUUAAACCUAGGCAUACGUAAUACGCAUUUUAUAUAGUAAACAUAAUGUUGUUUUAGGUAUAGUUUUAAUAAUAUUAUUGUAUUUUAAUAAACAACGAAUACAUCAAAAUUGACC